GAGGCGGAGGCGGCGCGCGGGGCCAUUUCAGCGAGCGGCGGCGGCGCAGGCGGCCCGGCCAGGAUGCGCUUGGCAGCGUCUCGCGGCGGUAGCAGCAGCAGCAGCAGCAGCAGCUGCGGCACCAGCAGCAGCAGCGCCAGGGACGAGCCCGCCGCUUCCCUCCUGCCGCAACCGCGCUAGCGCCCGCCGCGCAGCCACAGCCGCGCUCCGUCUCUCCUCCCGGCCCUGCCGGUCCCUGCUCCACCUCCUCCACCUCCUGUGUCGGCGGCGGGAGCAUCGCCGUCCCUCCUUCUCUGCCCUGCUCCUCUCGCGUCUGCUUCCUCGGCGUCUCCCAUGGCGGCCCCGGGCAACAUCGUGUCCGUUAUGGCCAGCAAGACCAAGACCAAGAAGAAGCAUUUCGUGGCCCAGAAAGUCAAGCUCUUCCGGGCCAGCGACCCGCUGCUCAGCGUCCUCAUGUGGGGGGUGAACCACUCGGUAAGAACCGGCGCUUCCUGGGGCGGGGGGUGGUUGCUUUGCUGGCCCGGUGGAGGCCCCUUCGUCUCCGCCGCAACCUCCGCCUCCUCCCUCCACCCCUCUCCUCCUCCUUCCUCCUCCUCCUCCUGUCAAUGCGGGGCCUCUCUCUGUGCCCCCUCGCUCCCCAAACUCCGGAUCAGUACCUUCCCCAUAGCUCUAUCUCCCUCCCCCUUCAGCAGUUCUGAAAGGGAGUACGUACUUGCAACACCCCCCCCACAUAUGCACACUUUCUCUUUUUAAUCCAGCCAUCUCUCCCACCCCCUUUCUCUGUUUUAUAGGGGAUUCCUGCCAGUAGCUCCUAAUGAGGAAGGGGACUGGCUUGUGUAGUUAGAAAGGGGAAAGAUGAAAUGUCUUCACCUGUGGGGUAGGCGAUGUGCUUCUCUGCCUGUGGGGUAGGAAUGUGCCCUUGGGCACUUGAGUUCAGAGGCGUACUGCCCUUGGGGUGGCAAAAGCCAUGGGUACACCCUGACUUAUAUUCUUUUCUCUUUGUGCACCUUUCUCUGUCGUAUGCACACACAACCUUGUGUAUAGGGCUAUGGGCAUCCCAGUACUUGGUAGCUGCUAUCGCUAUUUGCUGUGGCGACUAAAUGGACCUCAAAGCAAUACCAUUCCUAUAUUCACUGUGCUAGCCGAUUGUACUUCUUGCCCUGAAAUGGGCUUGGGGGUGGGAAUCUGCUAAACAAACGCUACUCUUAUUUAAGUGCAUCUUGGGGAUGGUUGACAGUUGGGCAGCGUUAGAUUAAUGGUAGGAGCUGUGUGUGUUUUGCCACUGGGCUAAUGGCUUUGCUGCUGUCUAGGUUGGAUGCAUUUUGCUGAGUAGUGGUAAAAAAAUAUGUCAGGCUGCAGAAGUGCUGGGAUCUGUUAUACAUGCACAGCAAACCAUCUCACCCCCCAGCCCCCCCCCAACAUAAUCGGUAUUGUGUAGCUGGGAGGCAGGACGAUUAAUGAUGUCUGAGAUAAAACACUGCUACGGUAAGGAAGCUAGAGGCAUGCUGCUGCCUCGGAGUACUGCAGUGUUCUGCUUCUCUGUUGGUAGUGGUGCUUCUACCUGUGCUGUGUUGAUCUGAUCAGAUCAAGGAGAAUAGAAAUGUGAGACUUGGCUACUGGCUUUUGGCAGAGUUGUAGCAUAUCAGCUUGAAUAUUGGCAAUGAUAGGACCUUGUCACUUCAGCCAAAUAUUAUUUAUGAGCAAGCUUUGAAAAUAACUAGUUCUGAUGGCUACGCAUGUCUGGUUUCAAUGUUGGCUGUUCUAGGGUGUACUUUGUAUUAGGACUUAAGAUGCUUGAAGCUUGGAUUGCACUAUGUAUAAAAGGCUGUAAACAGGGAAAGGGGUGUUGACUUGUCAAGUAAAAAACAUGUGUAAUGUCUUACCUUGUAAGGGUUGUGUUCACCUGGUUAAAGUGGUGAUACUUCAGCUAUGCAAGUGUGUUCAGACGAGACCUGCAAGGUUUUCGGUUCAAGGUGCUGCUGCAAACUGCCCUUGAGCUUGGGGAAGGGGGGGAGGAGCACAAUCUGCGCUACGUUCUGUGAACUUCUGAUAUUUGCAAUUUGCUGACUCUUCCUACUUUGCUUGGACAGAAACCUUUGCUGUCUUGUUACUUUCAGUUACUGCAGUUACUUAAAACAAACUGACCGUGAAUUUCUCCCACUGAACUUGUGUGCCUAUAUUGGCAGCUUUUACCAGAAGCUAAAUCAGGCUGAUUUUUGAUCUUCAAACCUAGCUACUUCCAAAUCCUCUCUGCUGCCUACACACUUCCCCUCUCUUUCUUGAAAAGUGCAUUGUUUUGCAAAUACAUUUGUGUUGUUGAGAACUGUUCUGCAAAUGCAUUGUUGUACAUAUAUGGGAAAUAUCCACCACUGCACAGGCAUCGCCCUUUGCACAAGUGCAGGUUUGUAUGCAACUUUAAGAUAACUUUCAUAGCUAUUCAGUCUGUUCUAUUGCAGUGGUGCUAUGCUGCAUCUUGAGGUAAGGUUUGUGGUUUGGUGACUAAUCAUCCUCUUUAUCCAGAAACAGCAUAAUACUAUCUUUCUUGGGAAACGUAUCUGUGUUAGGGGGAAGUUGGCUAACAAGUCUCCCGAAGCAGAGUUACUAGACUUCUCAUUUCUCAGACUUAUUCUUGGCAUCCAGAUAUAUUGGAAGUUGUGCUAAACUGUGUAAUGGCUCUCCAUCUUCAUAUUUCCCCAAACAGCAAGUGAAGAUCAUUUUAUCUAGAGCUUUUCAUCCAAGGAAGAGUGAUUCUAUGUGAAAACCUUGUCUUAAAAUAUGAAAACCAAGCACAGCAUCUGAGCAGUGCAUGUGGGUAUAUUUACACAAAUGUGUCCAUCUUCGGUCACUGUCCUAGGACCCAUCAUCCAGGAACCUCUUUUGUAUACAAGAAAUAAUUUCACACUUCUGAGCCACAGACCCUUGGUAGCAAUCUAGGCUUGGGCUUGUGGAACUGUGAAAAUCAUGUAUCACCUGUGGCGUCCGCCUUAUGAUAAAUGAGAGAGAUGGGUUGUUGACUCUUCAAUUCUCCUUUAACCUCUGAUUUGUUUACAUCUUCAAGAGAUGAAGGCAAGUUCAGGGGUUAUCUCAGAAUAAUUGAUAAUGUAAUCAGACUUGUUUUCUAUUGAUUGCGGUAGUAAAUGCCAUGAGUUGAUGACUUUGCUAGUAGUGCUUUGACAUUAAAAUAAUUGUACCAAAUUUGUCUUGUAGGAUGAGAAGCUGCAGGAUAUGUUGAACUGUAACUUUUAGUGCAGAGUUUUCACCAUGUUUUUUAACUUCAAGUCUUACAGUGGCAAAAUAAUUUUUCUAGAUGCAGUACUUCUAAAUACGUAACUUAAUAGACUACUUGGAACAUGUGUUAACUUAGAAGCAGCCUGAUCUGGUAAGAAUGGGGCCAUAGGGCUAGACUUGUAAAAGAUAAGGUAAGUUAAUUUGAAAAAGGAAUUUAAAAGUCAUUAAUAAAGAUUAGCAAUCGUUAGGUUGUCUCCCUCAUAGCUUUAACUUCUUUUUAAACUCUACCAGACUGAGCAGCUUUUGUAAGAUACUAAUGUUGAAGUCAUACUGAAUACAUUGAAACCACAAGUGUAGAAUUAAAGUGUGAAAAGUGUAAAAUCUGAAGAGAAACCAGAGUAUGUGUAAAAUUAAAGAAAUUGCAGAAACAUGCCCUUAACUAAACUUGUAGAAGAAAAGAAAAUAUGGUUUUAAAUACUCUUAUUUUGUAAGUGCAUGUGUUGGAAUGGCAGUUCUUUUAAAUGACCAAAGCGUUCUAGACAAUGCUGGAAAAAUAUAUUUCAAAUUCCUAAGCCAGUUUGAGCUUUAUAUAUUUUUAGAUGACAUCCUUGGGCAAAUAUGUUAUGGCUCGUCUCCCCACCUCUACAGAUUCUAUACCUGUUGUAGGUAUUGUUAGAUUCCUGCAUCUUUGUCUAGUCCUGGGCAUAAGGGAAAGUACGGUAAACACUAGGAGUUAUAGGAAUGCAUUCACCAUUUGUGUGUGUAGGCUUUGAAUAGUACAUAACUGUGUUCUGUGUUUGUCUACAGCUUCCUUGGAACCUGUGCAGAGUAUCUUGGGUGGAGAGGAGUCCUCUCACUCAUCCCAUUUGGCACAGAAAAUAGCUACUUGGGGUAGAGCAGAGUCUCUUCUGCCCUUGCUAAGAACUGAUUGCAACAUUUUUAUAAUCCCCACGAUCCUGUUUCAUAUCAUAGUGAACAUCUGUGGAAUUUCUUGUCUGGGAAUGAAAAAGCUUUCUGUGAACGGUGUUUCAAACAAGCAGCUUUCCCCAUGAGUAAGGACCAUAUAAUAGAAAACUCUUCUUCGCCUUCAUUUUCAAAAACAAAAAACAGCAACUUCUUAAAAAUAUAGUGCUAUUGCUGCUAGUAAAUGAGUUUUUGCCCUUUUUAAUAUAUAUAUAAUAUAUAAAACUAGCACUGGUAUGAUCACAUUUUCAUGCUAUAAUCUCUUGGGGGUAGAGCUAACUUUUCUGCUUAGAAAUGCUUGACCAAAUGGCUCGGAGCAAAAGUAAUUUGUAAUUUACCCACACACACUCCAACACUUGAGCAGUGGGUGCUUAAAAUGAGCUUCUGAGCUUUCACCAGCAGCUACUACUAGCUCAUGGAGCACCUAGCCUGAUAGAUAUGCAGAUCAUGCAAGUGCAGAUUGGCACAAGGCCAAAACAAUAUUGACUUUCCAUUUUGAGCAAGAAGAAGAAUUUCAGGGUAAGGAUGCUUUCCUCAGAAUACAGCUGGGCAUUACAAGAUAGAUAAUCUUUUGUUCCAAGCCCAUUAAUUUCAGAUGCUGACAGCAUCACUAAUAGACUUUUAUUUUUAGGAGACUAUGAAAACAGCCUUGGCUUCAAACUUGAAUAUAAGAAUGAAAAAGGUUAGAAUUCAUUUGUAACAUAGUGUAGGUAGACCUAACUUUUAGGUUGGCUCUUUGCUUUGGUUUGAGGGUUUUAUGUGGCCCCAGGUUUGUAAUGCUGGAGAAUGGGGUGGACCUCUCCCAGUAAUGCUAAGUCUUAAGCCCUUUUUAGGCCUCACUCUUGCCAGCCCCACCUGGGGGUGGGACGGAGAAUGGAGCCAUCUAUAAAGUGAAAUGUUAUGUAUAAUAAUAAUAAUAAUUUAUUAUUUGUACCCUGCCCAUCUGGCUGAGUUUCCGCAGCCACUCUGGGUGGCUUCCAACCGAAUAUUAAAAACAAUACAGCAUCAGACAUUAAAACAUAGGGCCGCCUUUAGUUGUCUUUUAAAAGUAAAAUACCGUAUUUUUUGCACCAUAACACUCACUUUUUUCCUCCUAGAAAGUAAGGGGAAAUGUCUGUGCGUGGUAUGGAGCGAAUGCCUGCGGGUGGCGGGGGGGGGAUCUGCUGCAGUCAUGAGCAGAGGAUCCAUGGUUCCCCUUCCUUCCCUCCUCCGUGAUUACAAAGCAUGGAUCCACAUUGAUCCUCAGGAUUUUUGCAUUGGACUACUCCAAACUCACUGUCAGAUCACAUGUCUGUGGUCACAGCAUGAACCACAAAAAUCAUAUAUCCACUAUUUCGUUUAGAAUAUUUUUUUUCUUGUUUUCCUCCUCUAAAAAAUUACGUGCGUGUUAUGGUCUGGUGCGUGUUAUAGAGCGAAAAAUACGGUAGUUGUUUAUUGCCUUGACAUCUGCUGGGAGGCCGUUCCACAGGGCAGGCACUACUACCGAGAAGGCCCUCUGCCUGGUUCCCUGUAACUUCACUUCUCGCAGCGAGGGAACCGCCAGAAGGCCCUUGGAGCUGGACCUCAGUGUCCGGGCUGGAUGAUGGGGGGUGGAGAUGCUCCUUCAGGUAUACAGGACCGAGGCCGUUUAGGGCUUUAAAGGUCAGCACCAACACUUUGAAUUGUGCUCGGAAACGUACUGGGAGCCAAUGAAGAUCUUUCAGGACCAGUGUUAUAUGGUCUCGGCGGCCACUCCCAGUCACCGGUCUAGCUGCCGCAUUCUGGAUUAACUGCAGUUUCCGGGUCACCUUCAAAGGUAGCCCCACGUAGAGCGCAUUGCAGUAGUCCAAGCGGGAGAUAACUAGAACAUGCACCACUCUGGCGAGACAGUCCGCGGACAGGUAGGGUCUCAGCCUGCGUACCAGAUGGAGCUGGUAAACAGCUGCCCUGGACACAGAAUUAACCUGCGCCUCCAUGGACAGCUGUGAGUCCAAAAUGACUCCUAGGCUGCGCACCUGGUCCUUCAGUGGCACAGUUACCCCAUUCAGGAUCAGGGAGUCCUCCAUGUAACACAUAGACUGUCCCUGCUAUUUGAGACCAAGGCCUUAGAGUACUUAGUGCAACUCUGGCACAAUGUGACUUACCUGCUGCUCUCCCAUAAAACCCCAGUCAGCCUACCUGUUGACUAACUUUGGGUUUAGCCCUGAAAACCUGAGGCAUCCUACAAUCUUCAAAGUGCUCUGACUUAACUGAGUGAGGAAAACUGAUCAAGGGGGAGGAGAGGUGGCAGCAUUUGGGCAUUUUAGUUUAGAGGAAAGGCAAUUAAGAAGUGAUAUGAUAGAGGUAUAUAAAAUUAUGCCUGGUGUGGAGAAAGUAGGUAGGGGAAAGUUUUACUCUCUCUCUCAUAACAUUAGAAUUCAUGGACAUCCAAAGAAGCUGGACAUUGGAGGAUGCAGAAAAAAGGCUCCCAUAGGAGGCAGUGAUGGCCACCAACUUGGAUGUCUCUAAAAGAGGAUUAGACAAAUCCAUGAAGGAUUAGGCUAUUGUUGGCUAUUACCUACCCAUAAUGGCUAUGCUCUGCCUCCAUGGUUGAAAGUUACAGGCUUCCGAACGCAAAUUGCAGGAAACCACAGGAGGGGAGAGGCUCUUGCUCUCAGAUCCUGCUUGCCAGCUUCCCACAGGCAUCUGGUUGGCCACUGUGACAACAUGAUGCAGCUGGGUGAGAUGAGCCACUGGCCUGAUCCAGAAGGCUCUUUUUACAUUCUUAAUGGGGGGGGGGUGGAAUACGUCUUUCAGGCCAAACUGUAGGAAGAUCUUGCUGUGCCAUGCUGUGCCAUGUUGGCUAGAUUACGGGGCUAUAGAUCUGAUUUGCAUUCUUCUCAAUGGAAAUCCGAUGUGUAGAACUCCAGGACUGGCUUGUUCUGAAUUUCUAAAAGCUAUUGCAGUGACUGCCAAUAUCAUAAAAGCUGGGCCAUCCAAAACAGGAUUGAAAUCAUUCGAUGCAUUAUGUAGAUACAUUUAGUAAUGCUAACUGUCAGUCAUAAUAGAACAUUGAAGGCACAGUUAAGAUGUCAGAUAAAAUAUAAUAAGUCAAUGCAUUCUACAAUACCUGCCAAUUUAUUGCCCAGUUCACUCAGUUUGCCAAGAGCUCCGAAAGGGAGCCCUUGAAUCCCUUUCUGCUGCCACUCUGAAUAAUUUGGUGGUGUUUGCAAACUUAGGUCACUUUGCUGCUCACCCUAACUUGAGUUACGAGUUAUCAGUCCAUAGGAGGACUUGUUCUCUUAUCCUAUGAAUGCUAAGUUUUUUCAGGAGCCUUUGAGAGCUUCUCUCAGAAGCUAUUUGAACAUUUAAGUAUACGAUGUCCACUGGCUCACACCUGUCCAUAUGCCUGACACACUCCCCACAAAUGCUAAAAUGUUCGUAAGACAGGACUUGCCUUUGCAGAAGCCAUGUUGAUUCUUUUUCGUUAAUUCUUUCUCGUUGAUUCUUGUGUAGGCUUGGCUAUAUCACAAUUCAUGUUAUCUUUAACAUAGUCCCCAAUCUACCUGAAACAGAUAUUAAGCAAAUUGACCUGCACCUUCCUGGAUUCUGGUCCCCUAAUCUUUAAAAACUAGUGUUACAUUUGCUGUUUUCCAGCCCUCUGGUACAAAGGCCAAUCUUUGUUGAGUGGUAACCACCUGCUUGAUUAAGAUGGCUUGGCAUUACAUAAUUGCUCUUCAUUUUGAGGAAAAGCUACAGCACUAAAGGUUACACAUUUUAUACUUAGAGCAGAUAACAUGAUGGAAAAAGUUGAAAGAUUGCACUUUAAACAUUUAACGCAAACUAUUCAAACCAGCAGUUGCUAUAGUUACUGUGGUAGCAUCUGCAAACCCAUAGGACAUCUUAAGUUGGCAGGUCAGACUAUCUCUCUCUUUCUAAAAUGUGACUCAUUUACAAGAACCAGAUCCACUCUUCAUACUAAGUAAAGGAACUUGCAAGAUGUGUAACCUUAUAGAAGAAUAACGCAAAUUCCCAAAAUAUUCAUGCAUGGCAGUGAUUCUUUAAAUAUAGAAUGAGUCCAAAUGGAUACAGGGCAUCUUGGAGGGAUGGUAGUGUAAAGAUAAGUUCAUGAGCCCUGUGGUACCUGCCUUCCUACAUUGUCCAUCUCCCUAAAAGAUAAGAGAGGGUUGUCUAUAUUGGAUCUCUGGGAUAACUUUCUAUCUUCCAACCUGAUAGAAAAGAAGAGCUGUUUGUUCUCUUCUAAUGAUGCUGCUCUGUAUGGCUUUAGAUAGUCUGAUGCCUUGCUCUUCUUUUAGCGCAGGUGAUAAUGCCUCAUGCCAUAUAUGCUUGGCAGCUUUAGGAUGUAGUUGCACCACUGUAUUGAAGGUGUUCUGAACUUUCACCUGCAGAGCUGAUGAUUAAUUUGGCCCCCCUUCCAUGUGUAUCUUUGCUUUUUGCCCUCCCUAACCCAGUAUUAGCAGACUUUGAAAAAACACUGAGCUGAUGUCUAGUAACCCUGUUACUGUUGGAGGAUGUUUUGUGAGGAGUUUCUUUGAAUACCAUAUUUUUCCAUGUACCUCGGGUUACAUAUGCUUCAGGUUACAGACUCCGCUAACCCAGAAAUAGUGCUUCAGGUUAAGAACUUUGCUUCAGGAUGAGAACAGAAAUCCUGCUACGGCGGCACAGCGGCAGCAGGAGUCCCCAUUAGCUAAAGUGGUGCUUCAGGUUAAGAACAGUUUCAGGUUAAGAACGGACCUCCGGAACGAAUUAAGUACUUAACCCGAGGUACCACUGUAUAAGACACCCCCUUGUAUAAGACGACCCCCCUUUUUAACCCAAAAUUAAGAAAUUAAGUUGUUUAGCUUUUUGGGGUGGGGUGGGGAGGUCACUUCCGCCAAUUGCUCACCCGCCUGUCCACCACUGCUGAUUGCACACCUCGCCGCAGCCAAUUGUCUGCCAGUUUGCCGUCACCAACAGCCCACCCCUCCACUUGCCACAGCCACCAAUCGCCAGCAGGCCAUUAAUCCCCCUCUGCAUUCACUAUCCGUGUAUAAGACGACACCCAAUUUUUGCCUAAUUUUUUUUUAGCAAAAAGCAUAAUCUUAUACACGGAAAAAUACGGUACUUCUCUUGGGGAAGCCAGUGUGAGGAAAUGAAACACUGUAUUAAUUACACCAAAGCAGGCAGAGUUACUUAAGUUGCAAAACCCCAGCUGGGCAUAGGGUUAGACAGUAAAUCCUAACAUAGUUGAAGGCAUUGGCAAAAGGGAAGAAGAAUCUUGCCGAAGGCUUUUAGUUUGUAAAACUCUGAAAUACUGGAAACCUACUAUGUAAUUUCAACUUCAUUGUUCAAACUGUGAGUUCUAGUGCUCAUGCAGCCAAAGUGGCACUACCCAAGCAACAAGAGGGAGGUAUUAGCAGUCUCGGGAACUUCAAAGUUUUCAGAAGUGCAUCUUUAGAAAAGCCCUAAGGAGAAUGUCCAGAAUAGCCCAGUGCAGACUGAGCAUGCUCAGUGAGCAUAGAAUGUUGACAAACUCCAGUGGGGGUGGGGGAGGAUGGAAUGCAGUGGUUGGAAUUGUGCAGAAUUUGGUUGCAGAUCUCACUUGUAUCUGCUGAAAUCCCAUGGUCUAGAGAUUGAAUUCAUGAAUGUAAACCUUAUUUUCUAUUAAGGUUAGAAUAGAAUAGUUUGCACAACUGGAAUUAAAAUCAAUGGGCAUAUAAGUGUGUGCUAGUUCCUGUAACUUCAGUUGUAAAUAGAACCUGUUCAGGGUUUUGUGGUGUUUUCUGGAACUGUAAGUACAACCAUCUCAGAAGCGGAGUCUGUAUAAUUAGCCUCAGGCUGGCUUGAUCUGAGCAUUCUCUUGAUGGCACUCUUGAUACUGUGUGGAUACUCCUAAAAUAUGUUGAUUACAAGUAAGACUUGACACUUGACUUAUAUCGAGACGUAAGCUAUAGAUUUGCCAAUAUAACCAUGUAAUGCACCUUGUGAUGGCCAAAGAAAAUCCAAGGACCAUCCCGUCACUGUCAGCGACAGUGGCACCAUUGACACACCACAGUAAACCUUUUGUUAGCUGUUUACUAUGUAUGUGUCUAAAAGGGCUCUUUUGCUCCUCCCCACUCACAUUGGGAAGGAAACAAAGCAUGAUCCCUGGCUUAGCAUUUCCACCCGAAAUGAGGAUUGGGCUUUGUUUUGUACCCAACAAACCAUGAACUCUAGCCAAUGUUUGCUCUUGGCUUACUGAUCAGGGUUUGUUGGGUGCAAAACAAUCCACUAUCUCUGUUUUGGGUGUAAAUGCUAAGUCCACGGAUCAUGUUUUGUUUCCUCCCAGCAUAAGCUGAGAGGGGCAAAGAUUUUGCCCAUGCAUUGUAAGACAUUGGUUUUCGAGGUACCAUGAAGUGCAUAUGCAGCCAUUAAUUUGUGCAUUUGUUAUUGUUUAAGCUGAGCUGCAAGUUGUGUUUCUAUGCUGAUUUUAUUAUUGUAAAUCUUGUAUCACCAUUGUUGAGUGGUGAUGUUGGAACUGGUGCCAAAGCACAUAUAAAAAGGUUGUCUUUGUGUUGCCAUAGAGCACAUCACUCUGGAGUAAGUUAGCUUGGUAUUAAAGCAUAUGGCAAGCCCCCCCAACUUAAUUCAUUUCUUUACAGUUAAUACUUUUUUCACUUUAUGAUUUUCUUUCUGGUUAGAGGUAUGCAGUCUUCCAUUGCCCCCCACCCCUAUUCUAUCACUGAAUCAUCUGCUUUUUCUUGGCAAACUUUCUCAAGACUGUUUACGGUAGCAUCAGCAGCAUAAUUAUUAGGGCUGAUGGGCUUGCUAGAUAAUAUGCAGUCACUUCCCCAAAAUGCUUUUCAGUUGAGCAGAUUGAAUGCAGGCAAGAUGAAAGUACUCAGUAUGCCUUUAAGUUACCGUAUUUUUCGCUCUAUAGGAUGCACCGGACCAUAGGAAGCACCUUGUUUUAGAGGGGGAGAACAAGCAAAAAAAAUUCUCCCCCUCUCUGCUCAGCGCCCCUUCAGUGAAGCGGCAGGAGAAACGGAGCCCCUUCCAUUUCUCCUCCCACUUCGCUGAAGGAGCGCUGCGCAGCUCUCCCUCUCUGCUGAAGCCAGGAGAGUCUUGCUCUUCCGGCUUCAGCAAAAGGAACCCGAAGACUUUGGAGCGCAGCGCGAGGUCCCGCUGUGCUCCAGAUGCUUCAGGGAUAGCCACCUGAAGCCUUUGGAGCGCAGCAGGAGCUCGCACUGCGCUCCAAAGGCUUUGGGUUCCUUUCGCUGAAGCCAGGAUAGCCGUGAGGUCCCGCUGCGCUCCAAAGGCUUCAGGCGGCUAUCCCUGAAGCGUGGAGACGGUAAUUGCGCUCUUGGAGACAUGGGACCCUUUGUAUGUUGGUUUACUGUUAUAGCAAUCAGCCCCCAUGACUAUGAGCUGGUUCAUAUGUAAAGCUAAGCCAAACCAUGGCUUAGCAUGAAUGGGCGAGUUCCUGAGGAAACCCCAGUUUAUUUCACUUCAGUGCAGCAAUGGCAAUGCAGGAGGAACAAAGCAGCUACAAUCUUCUCUUUGCCAUAGUCUGGGUUAGCAUUACAGGUGCCUUCUAGAAGACAAUCUAUUCCCCCUAAGAUAAGAUGACAUCACUUGGAUUCCAAAUCAGAGUGGUCAAAAUAUGCAAAAACUGCUAAAAGCUACUAUGCACCAAAAUUCCAAGGUUAGAGCCAGGAUACAAUUCAACAAAAUAGGUUCUUAACUUCAAAACUAUUAACGGAGGUAGGAUCUUACAGGUUGAAGAAUCAAGCUUAUUUUCCAUCCCUUAUAUUCUGCAACUUCGGCAUAAAUUUAUCUUCCCAGAGUGGCUAAGUAGUAAGGCAGUAGGAAUCUGAAAUGAAAAAUGGCUGUCAUAAUAGCUAAUGCUGCUGAUUUCUAGCACAUGAUUGAAGUAGAUUCAUUAGUAUGUAAAAUGCCAUAUGUACACAUGCCUUAGCGAUCAUUAGUUAUACAGUGGUACCUCGGGUUAAGUACUUAAUUCGUUCCAGAGGUCCGUUCUUAACCUGAAACUGUUCUUAACCUGAAGCACCACUUUAGCUAAUGGGGCCUCCUGCUGCCGCUGUGCCGCCGGAGCAGGAUUUCUGUUCUCAUCCUGAAGCAAAGUUCUUAACAUGAAGCAUUAUUUCUGGGUUAGCGGGGUCUGUAACCUGAAGCGAUGUAAUCUGAGGUACCACUGUAUUUUUAAACUUGGGAUUAAUUCCCAACUUGCAUGCAUGCUUUAUCUUAUGUGGAAGUGGUGGGGGGACGCAGGUGGCGCUGUGGUCUAAACCACUGAACCUCUUUGGCUUGCCAAUCCAAAGGUCAGUGGUUCGAAUCCGUGUGAUGGGGUGAGCUCCUGUCGCUCUGUCCUAGCUUCUGCCAACCUAGAAGUUUGAAAGCACAAUAUUGUGAGUAGAUAAAUAGGUACCGCUGUGGCGGGAAGCUAAACGGUGUUUCCGUGUGCUCUGGUUUCUGUCACGGUGUUCCUUUGCGCCAGAAGGGGUUUGGCCAUGCUGGCCACAUGACCUGGAAAAGCUGUCUGUGGAUGAACGCUGGCUCCCUCAGCCUGAAAAGAAAGAUGAGCGCCGCACCCCAUAGUUGCCUUUGGCUGGACUUAACUGUCCAGGGGUCCUUACCUUUUACCUUUACCUAUGUGGAAGUGAUAGAAAAUGCAUGAUGAUUGAAAUUGUUUUACUAGCAGUUGGAGCUGAACAGCACUGAGAAACUUACUGAAUAUAAACUCUCUCAUUUUCAUUUGGCAAUGCUUUGUGCUCCAGUAUACAGCAACAAGUUUAAGAUCUGAAGCACUGAGUCUUUUGAUGAGAGCUACAGAGGAAAGCAUACUGCUAUUGGUGCUUUCAUCUAUUUUGUUGAGGGGAGAGCUCUUAGUUUUAUUGAUCCAAGUUUGGUAUGAUUUCUUUACUUAUUCUGCAUGUUCUCUAUAUGUUUUCCUAAACACAUGGAUGUUUGUUGCAAUUGUUGCUACAAAUCCUAAGCAUAUGCAAAGCUUUGGUUUCAGUUCAAAUUCCAGUAUUAGUAAUUGUUCUGCCUCCUAACCCUCCAAGCAACAUAAUUGCCGGCAAACUACCUGUAUUCGAUUUAUGCUUUCCUGAUAACCCUAUUAUGCCAUUCUAUCUGUCUUGUUUUCUGAGGUGUAGGUUCUUGGAGAGGUUUGAAUCAUGCUUGGCUCAUUAGUUCACAGCUGUCAGCAUUUGCUAUUGCUAGCAUUUAAUUCAAGUGUACUUCAGGGGUCAAGAAUAUAUAAAGACUGAAUCAUAGAAGCAUAGAGUUGGAAUAGACCACAAGGGCCAUUGAGUCCAACCCCCUGCCAAGCAGGAAACACCAUCAGAACACUCCUGACAUAUGGUUGUCAAGCCUCUGCUUAAAGACCUCCAAAGAAGGAGACUCCACCACACUCCUUGGCAAAUUCCACUCUGCCACACUGAGUUUCUGAAAUCAUAAUUUUGAGAAUCACCUUCACUUUUUCAAUCUGAAUGCUAAGUUAGGUGAUGUACUUAAAUGUGGAGUUCUGCAAGUAUCCGUUUGCAUUUUAAUGGUCUAGAGAUGGCAAACUUUCCAAUGCUUAUCUUAAAGAGGAAGAUAAAAUUAAGCAUUUUCCUUUGUGCACUGUUACGAAGAUGACAAGAUUCUCCUCACUCAGUUGGAUACUACAUGUUUCACUUUUGGUGUUCUCUUUAUUCUAGCUUCUGUUGGAGAAUUUGAUUUUUGUCUGUCUGAUUCUUGCCAAAAGGAUGUGUAUUGAUUGCCAUCCUUUUUAUAUAACCCUAAGAACUGCAAGUUGUAUGUUCUGCUGAUUGCGAAAAAUUUGUCACCACAACAGACACCAUGGAGUUGGCAUGUUUACUUUGCAGUCUUCUUCAAUGAGUUCUGCAGUGCUACAGCUACAUGGGUUAAAGCCUAGUUGCACACAACUAUACAUUUGUUCUGUAAAGACUUUUAUAUGUUAAACAAGUCAUGUGAACUGGCCUCUACCAAGGCACUGGAAGCACAAAUUGCUGUGUGGAUUCUUCACUUCGAAUCUCUUUAAUGGAGGGUGUGUCGUUGACAAAAAAUGAUGUUGCGCAGUUAUUAACCAGCUGUCUUCAACAACUAUGAGUGACUGGAUGGCUGGAGUACUGUCACAGUGCUAGCAAAUGGAGCAGUGCAUACACAGAUGCCAUUCCUGCUAUAUAUAGGUCUUCAGGGAUUUCUCUGUGUACCCACCAGAAAUCUUUCUGGACUGAUCUGUGCUCACAACUGAGAAAGGGAGUAUGGCUCCAUAGUCAGUAAUGUUGUUUAAUGUAAGGGCAUUGCGAGCAUGAAAACACUGUACUCUCUACGAUAUAUAAUUGUUCUAAACUAUUUUUAAAUGUUCUGUGGAUGACUACAGUUGGUAUAGUUAGUGUCAUCAGCACCAGCUGAAGUUUCUGAACAGUCUUCAGAGGCAGCCUCACGUAUAACAUGUUGCAAUGAUCUAACCUCGAGGUUACCAGAACAUAGGUGGCAGAAGUUAGGAUAUCUCUGUCCAGCUGGGGUGCUGCUGGGCCACCAGCCAAAGCUGGUAGAAGGCACUCUGUGCCACUGAGGCCACCUGAACCUUAAGUAAUGUCAAUUGAUUGAGAAGUAUCCCCAACCUGUGUAUCUGCCCCUUCAGAGAGAGUGUAACACCAUCAAGAGCAGGCAACCUCCCAUUCAUCUGGUAUAGGGAACCACCCACUAACAGUGACUCAGUCUUAACUGGAUUGAGUUUCAGUUUAUUGGCUCUUAUCCAGUCAAUUACCACUGCAAGGCAACUCACUUUCCAGCACAUCCCCUGCCACACCUGAGGGCCCUAUCCUCAGGAAUGGCUGUGGGGGUUGGAGGCUUGUUUGGAAGAGAGUUGGAGCUGUUGACUCCAAUCUUUGACCUGACCAACUAGAAAUUGUAGACCUUUGUUAGCUAGUAUGAGCACUAUAGGCGAGAUCUAGCAAUAGAUAAGUCUUGAAAGAAUAUAUAUAUUAAGGCUGAACUUCUAGACACAUUUUUUGCUGGUUUAGUGGGAUUUCCUGAUUCCCUCCUCCAUUUUUGCCAAGACUGGCAACAGUGGCUGUUUGUAAUUAGCAAUUUGUUGGGCCAUUGAUUACAUAAUACUAUUCUACAGAAAAGUAUGGUACCUGGAAUGCAUAGUUAUUUCUUUGAUUUGGAAGACCCGGAUUCAUAUCCCAUGUCUACUGUGGACUUGGAGUGACCUUCCUGUGGUCAGUGAAGUAGUAAUAAAACAAAUGUAUUGGAAGUAAAAUAAGCUUCUUAAAUAUGAGUAGUCCAAACUUCAAAAGUUGCUUCUUCUAGCUGUGUAUACUUCAGAUGGUAUUUGGAUCAGUUCCAUGAACUCUGAGUAGUAAUAGCCUAGUUCUUUGAUCUUAACAGCUGUUUGACAAAGGCUUGUCUUGUCAGUGGUGCAGAGUGACCUGAUACUCAAAUUAGACAUGUCAUGUAGGUCAAACAGGAUUCAUCAUUACUUUGGCCUAACUGCAUCAUACUUCAGACUCGGCAUUGUGUUUAUUUAGCUGACAAGAAGAUCAAAUAUCAAUCCAGAAAAACAAUUUUGUUAACUUCUGUGCAUGUUCUCUUUGCAGAUUUUGUUUCUGCUGCUCUUUAUGUCUUUUUCCCAUUUCUGUUAAAGAAGAAGAAGAAAGCCAAUAAUAUUGCAGCUGCCACAUCCUCAAGGCACUUAAUUCAGAUUAGUUGCACUGUAUAUGUUGGAUUGCUUCUGAAAUAAGUGGUUUGAGGAUUGUAGUCUCUGUUACAUUCCCCAUGGCACAGACACCAUCUGUUCCGUUUGCUUCUUGUGGCGGCUUGAGCAUAAUACAUGGAUUGCAGCCUUUUUUUCUUAUCUUGAGCUUCUAGGGAAGAAUACAUUUAGUUACUAGUCCUUGUUCAUAGUAUACUUUCUUCAACUUGUGAGUAAAAAAAUCAUCUUGGUCUCCUAGCUAGAAAGAAUGAAAGGUUUAAAAGGAUGUUGACAUUCUUGGUUGGAGAUGGGACACCAUGUAACCUCUUAGUUUCUAAGAGUACUUAAAUAAACAACUUUUGUGUUUUUGCUCUUGCAUGCUAUGGCAGAACCCCAGUGGAACUGCUAAUGUGAUCCCUAGAGGAUUAAUAAACAUCAAAGCAGGAAAUGUUUACUAGAUGCUUUAGAAGUAUUGCAUGUUGAAACUCUUGGUUAAAAGCACAUUUGGUCAGUGAUGAAGCCUUAGUUUACUGAAUUGGAAUGACUUAAAAAGUGGGAUACUAAUAUACAUACAGGGAAUUUUUGAAAAGCCUUCUAUCCGCAGGAAUGGUGGCAGCAGUGGUUACUUGAGCAAUAUCUUGUUAUAAACUACGGUUAUUGUCCAUAGAACUGGGGGAAGUCCCAUAGUCAUAAGAGCUUCUCUCUGUGUUCUCAGCAAGGAAUGGAGUCUGUAGUCCAACGCCAACCGCUGUGUGCUUGACAACAAUUUCUAACUAGGUCUAGUACAAAACCAUUGUAAUGGCUAUUUAGGUUAUUUUCACCCUGUCUUGCAACUUAAAAAAAAAAAUCCUCAGGGUAGCUUAUGAAACACAAUAUACACAACAGGGAUCUGUGCUGCUUUCUUCUCCUGCAAACAGUGAGGGCAGGACCCAGGUGGGUAGUUUGUUCCAGGCAGGCUGACUGCCACUGUGGGAAGCUAUAAACCAUUGCUUUCCCUAAGCACCAUCACCAGAGGCUGCUUCCUUUCUUCUCUUCACCUGCCCCCUCCCAGGAUUCUAGUCCACAGAGACAUUUCUGAACAUUGGGAGGGGGGGGGGUCUGAAUGGAGACUGCACUGGAUUGUGUCCAGUCUUGUAACUCUCUCUAGCCAUAUUAACACAGCUUUGUUAAUAUACAGCCAAAGAUAGCUAACCUGUGGCCCUAGAUGGUGUUAGACUAUAACUCCUAUUACCCUGGCCCACUGACUGUGCUGGUUAAGGAUGAUGGGAGCUGGUGUCCCAAUGGCAUUCAGAGAGCCACAGGCUAACUGCUAAUUUAGAAUGACAUUUACAAGCAGGAGUAAGCCGCAGCAAGCCUUGAACUUGUACCCUUCCGUUCUCCCUAUCCUCCAGGAAGUGGCGUUUGGAAGCUUCAAUAUUAACCAUGGUUAACAUGAACCACCACAAGUGAACUUGUGGUUUGUCUGGAGUGAGAUACCACGAGGUCAGGUCUGGACACUAAAGCCAAACCAUGGCUUAACUGCUGGCCGCAUGGCGACAGCAGCAGAAACGAAGCAGCUGUGAUUUUUGCCCCAAUCAUGUUUCACUCUUGCUCGUUCACACUUCGCAGUGGUUUGAAUUGUCCAGUGAAACUCAGCAGAAUUCACUUCCAAGGUUUUGAUCUUCUUCACAAAUCAUCAUCUGUCAGUUUAAAUUCUGUAUUUUAGCGUUAUACCCUACAUUCGCAAUUGUAUAUGGGGUUGAAACACAGAUAGCUAAGAGCGUAUAAAAGAUAAUAGUUAAAAAGUAAUUAAACUACAAUAGAAUUAAAACAAUGUAAAAACAAAUCUGUUGAAAUGCAGGCAGUAAAAAAAACAGCACAGCACUAUUAAAAGCCCUUUCCUUAAAAGCAGACAAUUCCCCAAAGCCUGCCAGAGCAUGACAAAUCUUCACUUGCUGGCAAAGGGACAACAAAAAGGAAGCCAGACUAGCCUCUCCAUUAACGGAAUUCCAAAGUCUGGGAGCAGCCACUGAGAAGGCCCUACCAAAUGUGCCUAGAAGAGUGAUGGGACUGAGAGAAGGGCCUCACCCAAAUAUCUCAGACCCUGUGCAGGUUCAUAAGGGAGAAUAUGGUCUUUCAGAUAGCCUGGGCCUAAGCCAUAUGGAAAUGGAAUUGCUGACCACCAGAUGUAGCAGUGGCCAACCCAUUAGAUGGUGGAUGGGAGAGAUUGGUGGUAGAGGUGUGUGGAAACCUCUGGCUUGUAAUCUCUACUGAAUGUAGCCUACUGUACAAAGUUAAGAAUUGCAUCUGUUGCUGUCCUCACUUUUGCCUCUGGCCUUGCCAACUUAAUUGCCUCUGGGGACAUCCACCACUGUCAUGUGACACACACCCAACUGUUGCUUGUGCAUGAAUUUAAAAUGUUCCCAACCCCUUGUAUUGAAAAACAAAGGCUGUGUGUGUGUGUGUGUGUGUGUGUGUGCAUGCGCAUGUACACAUGCGCUCUUCUUGGAACCAGACUCUGAUUUGCUUGUUUUAAAAACGAGGAGUUACAUUUCCCUAUGAAGGACAGUCAGAUUAACUAUAGCUAUUAUAGAUCUGUUAGUUGUCUUGCACGAACUGCUAGGCCUGCUCUGACUUACAACUUUGAAGUAGAAAUAAGAUUUCCUUUGCUCAAUGUGCAUUCGCUUAAUACAAAGGGUUAAGGGCAACAAUAGAUGUUAUAGUCUUCCCAUCCUAGAAGCUAUGUUCUGAAUUUUACAAAAUAGGGUUUACUUAACAUCUGGACAUAUGUUAUCUAAACAUGGAAAAACUUUCCAGACAGUAUGCCCAAAUUAGAUCCUCAAACAGCUGGAGAGUGGUUGCAUCUGGAUGUCUGAAAAGAUUUUAGAUUGAAGUAAGAACGCAGAUUUAGCAUUUUGGCACACUUCAGAUAGCUUGGAUUCUAAAAGGGAUCCCAAAGCAUGUGAACUGUAAUUUUUUUUUAAUACAGUUCAUAGAACUUACUUUGUACACUAAUAGUUAUUAUGGUAUGUUACAGUUCUUAAUUUAUCACACACACAAACAUGCAGACUACAUUCACCCUUUUCUGACUUAUCAAGGUGCUUCUGGUGUAUCAUCCUCAGAUGCCGCUGUGGUUCUUGUGGGCAAUGGAGACCUGAAAAUGUUUACCAGAUUGGUUAGUCUGGCCAGGGCUUUUGCACAAAUGAAGUUGUCUUAGGCAGAGUUGGGCCACUUGCAAAGGUAUUUCUCAGUCCUGCUACCUUGAGAUCCUUUGAAUUAAAAAUCCUGGGCUUUUAGCACACAAAACAAUUGCUUUGCCUCUGAACAAAGCAUUCUUCCCUAACAUACCAAAAUUUACCAUUAUCAUAUUCAAGACCAUUUCCUUAGGAUAUAGGAGGGUCCUAUCCCUUAUAAAAGUACUCUUUCUGAUUUGUAGCAACAUAGUACACAGUAACCAUUGUUUUUCAUGCAAAUUGCACUUCACCAGAUAAGACAAAACCAUCGUUCUACACUAUGGCACAGAAUGGUUCAGCUUUGUCUGGCUCCUCCCAGUCUUCAAAGCCAGGCACCAAAAACCUUGAAACAAUAGAGUCUUCUUCAGUUUCUGUUGACCAUCACUUUAAUUGAAGAUGUGAUUUUGAGCAAGGCCUGAGAACAAAGGCUUCUCAAAGCUUGCCUCGCUGUGCCUGUCUCCAUUGUGUUCAGUUCCAAGCUAUCUGUAUGCAGUUAGGCAAGCUUCUGUGCCAUUCAUACCUUCUGUAAUCGAGUGAGUCUGCUGGGGGGGAAAUGUCAGUUGUGUAUGUGAUGUAAAAUGUCACUUUAGUAGUAAGCAGGAAAAGUUGGAGGUAUGCUGAACAGACAUAAAGGGAUAUGAAAAAAGCUUAUUCAGAAAAGGGAAAUCAUUUUUAAGUUUAUUGGGGAGGGGGGAGUGCUAGAUCUCCAAAUUGGAGUUACAGAGCUGCAGGAAUAACUCUGUUGUUAACAGUACCUCAUUCUGUUUUUAAACACAACACUUGUAAAUUGCCCUGCUUAUAAAAUUGGUUCUACUGCUAUGGAUUUGGGAAUAAAGGAUCUCCUGGGUUAGGAAUGUCAACUGGCUUACCAUUUUAUUUUAAGCAUUAAUAUGCUGCUCAAUCAUUUGCAUUCUAAGCUACAUGCAUAAAAACAAUCCAUAGACGAUAAACAAUUAAUGUAACACUACUUUAAAAUGUGUGCUGCCAGCCUUAGUCACCCACCUGCACUUCAACAGGGAGGUUACCUGUCUAAUCUGAGCUGGGAGACUUCAUAGACUUGGUCCCACCAUGGAAACUAUUUUGUUAUAUCCUGCUCUACUAUUGGUUUUCCUCGACGAAUCUGCUAAUUCAAAUUUUCUCCUCCCCUCACAUAGAUCAAUGAACUGAGCCAUGUUCAGAUCCCUGUUAUGUUGAUGCCAGAUGACUUCAAAGCAUAUUCCAAGAUAAAAGUGGACAAUCACCUUUUCAACAAGUAAGUGAAGCAGUUAGUUGUUUUUAGUUUGGUUUAUAAUAUGGUUUAUGUGAUUCAGUCAUUUGUAACAAGCUUAGACAGUAUAGGCACGACCUACUGCAUUUUUUGUCAUAUGGCAUACAGUUUUCUGUAAGUAUCUUAUGUCGAACUGUGACUACAAACUUACUGGAACAUCUGCAUGUCAAAAAGUGGUAUUUCUUAAUGCAGGGAUGGCCAACAUGGUGCCCUCCAGUUGAUGUCGUCUUAAUGCGCUGCAGAGGGUGAUGGGACUGAAGCGAUGGCCCAUGGGAACCGCAGCCUCCUUGGCAACAGCGAAGUCAGGAACAUAAUUGCUCUUUCAGUCCUGAUAUUCUCUGCAGUGCAUCAGGACAACAGAACAGAGGAGGGAGAAAAAGAUCCUUUCUUGCUCCUUCACAUCCUGCUUAAAGGAAGGCAGUUCAAGAGCAGAGGAGGUUUAGGCCCAUUUGCCUCUAGAGUUUUAUAAGGCAAGGCUAGCAUAGGUCUCUUCUGGAAGUAAAUGGGCAGCUGGAGCAGUAGCGUAAUGUAUGUCUGAUGAAAUGCCAUCAGAUGAGGAACUGCACCUUCCGUGAAGAGCAGCCGCCAUUACAGUGCAGUACACUAGACUUGUCUCGCCAGGCAUGAAGGCAUGAAUGUCUCUUUGCUAGGUCUGAGUCCUGCAAAUGAGGUUGGUGCUCUGUCUGAAGUUGCAGGCUCACCGAUGGAUCCAGGUUCUGCCCCCAGGCUGAGAACCUGCUUAACCAGGGGAAGCUGAUGUGGUCAGUGGAAAUCCUUUCCCUUCCUGCAUAUCAGGGCCUGCCAACAGCUACUAAUGCAGGCUUGCCUGGAUUAAUCUUCAAGCAGUUUGCCUGUCACCAACCAUGGUGAGGCACUGGUAAGCACUGGCACCUUAGGACCUUGGUUUCAUUAAAGGGGCAUGCAAGUCUAGCUAGAUGAGCUUAAAGCUAUCAUAACACUCUAGAUUUCCAUAUGAGCUUACCCGCUGGCCCUGCAUGAUUCCCUGCAGAGGUUGGAAUGGGUGUUUUUGAGAUACUAACAGCAAAUAUCUCUGGCCUUUUGUGCCCCCAAAUAGCAGAAGAAUGCACUUUAAUUUUGCAGGCGUUCAUUAGGUGCACCCUCCUCAUUUCCCUCUUAUAACCAACAGUACUAGAAGCUGCCAAAAGAGUUAGUGCAGUAAACAGCAUCCUAAUCACUUAGACUACGGGUAUCGAACUUGCAACCUUGGCAUUAUCAGCACCAUGCAGUAACCAACUGAGCUAUCCAUGUUGUUAAGCUUCUCUAGCUCUGCACUGCCUGACAGCAGUUCUCCAGAUUUUAAAGGAGUGUUUCCUUGCUCCACCAGGAGAUACCAGUGAUUGGAUGUGGCACCACUUUUUUUGGGGGGGGGUAUGCAGAGCAUGUGUUCUGCCACUGAUCUGUGAAUUCCCACCCCCUCCACUGCCAUUGCAAGUUGUUUUUGGCAGCCUUCCUGAUGUUUCUGGAAUACAACUUCCAUGAUCCCUGAUUAUUCGUCAUGCUGGCUGGGGCUGAUGGGAGUUGGGAAGGGCUCUGGAUUUUCCAGAGACUUUGGAUUGCUUAUCUCAAUCUAAGUAGACAACAUUAGGCUAGAUGGACCAAACAUUGGGCACUGCUGUGCUAGGGUUUUGUUUGCACAUGACACAGGCCUCACUUUAUCUAGCUAGUUGGACCUUCUAGGGAAAUUCUUGGGCAAAAUAGAACACAUUAAGUUCUUGAGCAAAAUAUGAUGUUCAGUUCAGAGGUUUGUUACAGUUCUGUUUAAUGCAUUUUGAUGUAAAUUUACAGUGUUCUGUAUUAUAGUAACUGUUGCUGUUUUGGAAGGUACUUGGUCUUGUAGGGGAGAAAGCUUACUUCUGCAGGUUUAUCUUUAUAAAUUCUUAGCAAGUUUUUCCCCCUUCAAAUCUUCUGUUUCAGAGAAAAUAUGCCAAGCCAUUUCAAAUUCAAAGAAUAUUGUCCAAUGGUUUUUCGUAAUCUGCGAGAGAGGUUUGCAAUUGAUGAUCAGGAUUUUCAGGUAGGCUAUCUACCUUGAUAAACAAUAUUGAUGAUUUCCAGCUUUACAGGCUGCAAGCAGGAGGGGGAAAGACCUGAUUUGGGAUCAUUAUUUGGUGGUAAUUAAGUGCCCAUAUUUCAUGAAUGUGCUCUAUCACUGCCUGUGGUUGGGACUGCCUGAUCCACACUUGAUACUUCUACAUUUAAAUUGUGUUGCAGCUGCUGUUCCUCCAUCAGACCUCUUGCUCGUCUUCCCUCCAUGCCUGUGGUGAUCAGCAGGCCUGACUUUGCCCCACGGCAGGAGGGAUAACCUUGGGCAACAGCUGAUGGAGGAAUGAGGAUGAAGACCUGAAGAGCAGUAUCUACAGUUUCUGUGCCUUGGUGUGUAACCUUAGCAAAACUUUAUUAGAGAGAUAUAAGGAAAGUCCUAACGGCACAGUUUUAUCGUCGGAAGUAGGUACACUGUGUUCAUAUCAUCAGAAUUUUUUGUUUUGUUCCACAAGCUAGUUUAGCGUGGGCUUCCUCAGAAGUAUUCUGAAAUCCUAAGUGGGUAAUAAAUGCUCCUUGCCUCAUUGUGGAAAUAAUCUGCCUUGCUGACAUAUUUUUACACUUUUCAGUUUGUUUAAUUUUCCUUCCACUUGUUUCCUCUCUGUCAUUUAAUAUGGUCCGUGUACAAAUACCUGCAGCGAUAAAGACUCCGAGAGCUAGUAAAAUAAAAAUGUAUUUGGCUAAACUAUAAGGUUAAGUUAAAAAAAACCCAAGACACUAAUGUUUAAUAAGUGCGAUGAUGAAUCUUACAAUAAGCUCCUAUAUGGAUCUGCUUGAUUGCCAAGGUCAUCUUCAGAGAACCUGCUCAGGGUGCCCACUUUCUGGGGUGAAGGGGGUAGCAACAAGAAGCAGGAAGGAGCCACUUCUGAUGUCUUGCCCCUGGAACCUCCCUCCCUUGGAACAUCUGCCAGGCUCCCUCUUUAUUUUUAGAGGACCAUGGAAAACAUUUUCCCCCUUAACAUUCAAGAGGGUGUGGUUCUUACUGCUGUUUAUGCUACUGUGUCAUAUCCGUUGGUUUCUUGUGGGUGGUUGUUUUUUUACUGAUAAGUCUUAUGCUGUUAGAUUGAGAAAUCCUUGUGGCUGAGAGGCAGGAUACCCAUGUGUGGAGAAGCGGUGGCCAUUUUGUGAGCUUUUGCCUGGGAGAGUUCCAAAUCAUAUAUCAGCAGCAAAACUUGUCAGGGUAUUGGUAAAAUAACUCCCAAAGGCAGUGUGUCUAGACUCAGUAACACGUUAUGAGAGAAGGCAGUAGCUGAGGAGUCUUUUCUCAUGGUGGCAAGCAGGUGAUUUGGGGGAGCAUAAGUGGGUGAUCAUUGGGUUACUUGAAUCUUUUAACACUGACCAACUGCUGAUAUUACGGUAAGGAACUUAACCAUCACGUCUGCCAUCAGUGAUCCUGAUGAGUCAUCCUUGAAAUAACGAAGGGGGUUGAUAUUUGAUGUUUCUCCAAUUACCUAACAGGUUGGGGUUUUAAUUUAAAGUACAGUGGUACCUCAGGUUACAUACGCUUCAGGUUACAUACGCUUCAGGUUCCAGACUCUGCUAACCCAGAAAUAUUGCUUCAGGUUAAGAACUUUGCUUCAGGAUGAGGACAGAAAUCAUGCUCCGGUGGCGCAGCAGCAGCGGGAGGCCCCAUUAGUUAAAGUGGUGCUUCAGGUUAAGAACAGUUUCAGGUUAAGUACCGACCUCCGGAACAAAUUAAGUACUUAAUCCGAGGUACCACUGUAUUGCAAAAGGGGCCUUCAAGCUAAAGUUGCCCCUGAGGCAACUUGCAAGUGACUUAGACCGAAGGGGGUGGGACUCGUGUAUUUAAAUAAGACAAAAUGUACAUUGAUUAUUUAGAUUAAGAGCUAAGCAAUAAGAUGUUCCUACACCUUUUUCAACCAGUAGUUCAUUACUAGCCCCUCCUGGUUCUAUGCAAUUGGCAUUGCUUAUACAGUGGUACCUCUGGUUACGAACUUAAUUCGUUCCAGAGGUCCGUUCUUAACCUGAAACUGUUUUUAACAUGAGGUACCACUUUAGCUAACAAGGCCUCCCGCUGCUGCUGCUCUGCCGCCGCACGAUUUCUGUUCUCAUCCUGAGGUAAAGUUCUUAACCCAAGGUACUACUUCCGGGUUAGCGAAGUCUGUAACCUGAAGUGUUUGUAACCCGAGGUACCACUGUAUUAAUAAGUAAUGGCUGUUCCCCUCCUUUGUUGCAAGUUGCAGUCUUAGGAAUUUCUGGUUCCAAGUAACAUUCAGAGAGGCAUUCUCCUCAAUAGGGGAAAUAACAUUUCAUCUGAAAACAUCAAGCUAAAAUUUUAACAGCUGUAACUUAAAUAGAAGCCUUUUCGUCUUGAGAAAUGUGUUAUUCAGCCAGAAGGGAAACACAAGCACAUGCUUGCAACUUCUGCUUUGCACCUCCCCCCCCCCGCCCGCUUCUGAAAUUACCACUUCCUUUUGUUUCACAGUCAGCUGAAGUGCUCUGAUGACCACUGCCAUUCUGACACACAAUAUAGUAUGGCUAUGGUAGCACUGCAGAUUGAAAAAGGGAGUGCCUGCAAAGGCGCAUGCAAGUCAACUUGUCCAUUCUUCCUUUUUGAAGCACUGAAUGUUAACUUUUUCUACAUAUUAAAAUAUUUGGAGGUGGGGGGGAGAAGCUGGAUUUGUUUCUAGCCCAACGAUGUGCACAGAUGGCUUCUGUUAAGGCAACAGAGAUGGUUUACAGAGAUAGGAAGUAAGAUUGUCUGUCUAACCAGGAUAUAUGCAGCUUCUUUUAACCAGAGCCAGGCUAUUUGUCCAGCAUUGGUCACUGACUGGUCCAUAGAAAGCCAGGCCAUUGGUCCAUCUAGGUUAGUCUUUCCUUCAACCUUUUCAGACUCGGGCCCCACUUCUAACCCAAACAUGCAAUUGGUGACCCAUUUCUCAAUAUUUUACCAUAUAUUUGCAUGGUGUGGCGCUCCUGUUGCAUCGCAACCCACCUCGGAUUCAGGCCGUAACCCACUUGUGGGUCCCAACCCACCAGUUGAAACUAGUGGUCCAUGCUAAUUAGCAGUGGCUCUCCAGUGUUUUAGCCACAAGGGACAUUUCCAGCCCCAUACGAAGAUAACAGUGUUUAAACCUGUGUAUCACUUCUCGGCCUUUGGGCUAAGAUCAAGAGUAGCGUGUAGUUUAAACCUGUGACCUCCUUCUACAUGUAAGGCUGAUGGUCAUACAACAGAGCUUUGGUGGCAAAUGGAGUCUCUCUACACCCAUAAUUUAUAGUAACUCUAAUUUCAAUUACUUGAAAAAUGUGGCUUGCAAAUGCUCAGCUAUUAUGGCUGUUAUCGCUGAGCAGUGUGCAAGAUGAACAUGGGUAAAAUGGCACACUUCCUGGUUUGUUUAAUAGGGCAUGUCGGUGUAAUUAAAACAACUGUUCUCCCCAAAUGUCUUUGCUUGGAAUCUACAGUAGAUGUCCUUGAUAAAUUGUUCCAGGGGCUAGACAUAAUGUGUUUGUAACAUGAACUUUUCAGAAUUAGGACUGCGUGUAAGUUGCUGCUAUUGCACUCAGAUCUGAAAUCUAUUUUAUGGAACGCUUGCAAGCACUGAAGUUUCGGAAUCGCCUCCUGCACUUAAAGAAAUGAAUUGAUGUCUUAUUUCCUAACCAGCAGUUCAAAUUGUGUGAAUUGUUGUGCUUAAUCUCUGUAUAAGAACAGGGGCAUCUGGCUCCAGUUACUCUAAAUAGUUUAAGUCCAAAUUCACAAAUGUCCCAAACUCACUCUCUCGUUUGAAAUAAAGACGUUCUGGUCUCAGUGGUGUUUCUUCCAAGUAAGCAUUCUUAGGAUUGCUUCCUGAAUGGUUUUUGAAGGUACUGCAAAAUGUUUGUUUAUUGAAAAGUUUAUAUAACGGGAGAGGGCUAAAUGGUCUUGAUUUUUAGAAUGUGCUUGUUAAUGUUCUUCACUCCAGUGAGAGACCUAAUCAAUAGCUGUCAGACCACUGCCAUAAAAGUAGGACAGUCAUUAGCAAAUGACUUUGACCUUUAUCAGGCAAAAGGCUUACUGGGUUUAAUCAGUUUGCUCACAAAGAAAUAGCAAAACAUCUGUUUGUUUUUUAAAAAUCAGCUGCUUCACAAAACAUAUUGUGAGUUUCCUGUCUCAAUUAAGAUACCAGCAAAGGUUUCUCAGGGUAUAAGAGGGUGAACGGCAGUUCUAUUAUUUUCAUCUAGGGACCAUAUUUUUAUCUCUUAAAAGCAAGAGUUCACUUAUAUACUUGAAAUAGUUUUGCACUCUCAGUGAACUUGUUCAGGGAGCAGAAAUCUAAGAUGACCACCUUCUCCCCACAUAUUAGUAAGAGAAAUGGAACAAACUGCUGAUCGCUACCUUAAUACUAACUUUGUGAAAUCAGAUACUCAUAUGAUGUCCAGCAUUUUUCAUAUUCCAAAUACAGUGGUACCUCGCGUUACAAACACCUCAGGUUGCAAACACUUCGGGUUAUAGACUCCGCUAACCUGGAAGUAGUACCUCGGGUUAAGAACUUUACCUCAGGAUGUGAACAGAAAUCGUGAGCCGGCAGCAGCAGUGGCCCCAUUAGCUAAAGUGGUGCUUCAGGUUAAGAACGGUUUCUGGUUAAGAACGGACCUCCGGAACAAAUUAAGUUCAUAACCAGAAGUACCACUGUAUGCAAGGCCAUUUCUUCAGAGUUGCUGAUUUUCUAUUUGAGAGUAGAGAUCUCCCAUUUUAGUACCAAACUUCCUGGAUGUUGUGCAUUGGGCUCUUAGUGUCUUUGAUUAGAAAAGGCACUAUGUGGGCUUUUAACAAUUUUAUUACAAAAUGCCCAUUGAUGCCUUGCCAUCCAUGACAUCUUCCAUCCAUUGUGUAGACUGGGAUAGUGCCCGCCAGCAUCUCUGCUCUAGAGAACACUAAGCUCUGGUCUCCCUUCUGAUGAUAAACCCACAGUUCUAUGAUUCAUGUUUUGUGCUCAUAGUUUUCCUUGAUAAUUAUAUUUUCAGAGAGAAAGGUAGAAGCCCUUUGCAUUAUGGAAAACUUGUUUUAAGAUUCCCUUUUGAGGAUGUGCACUGAAGUUAUUUAAAAGGGCCAUUUUAAAAAUGGCAAUGUAAGAUCAGAGCAUCUACCAAGAAUUUUAUCCCAGAUUUUACCCUGAUGCGUCUCACGUCUUGUCUUUAAAUUUGUAAUUUAAAGACAGAAUGUUGGAUCUGUCAUUUCUACUUAACCCUAACCUUUCUAAAAAGUUUUUUUUUAAAAAAAAUCCAGCUUUAUCAUCCAUUUCUUCACCUCUGAAGAAAAAUAUUUCCUCUACUACAUUUUUUUCUAACUCCCUUUUUAGGAUCACUUUUGACAUACUCGGUAUGUAGAUUAAAUAUAUUGCACGAUUGCAUAAAUAAUCUUUAGUCUUGUGAAAAGAGCAAUUAUAAUUUAAUGAUAUUAAUAUGCCAACGAGAGUAUAAAAUAUUGGAGAUUAGAGUGGGCUAAUUAAAUUGACCUUUAAAUCCUUCCUACCCUCUUGGAGUCCGUUGCUAAUCCCUAAACUCCCAUAGUGCAGAUAAACUUCAAAGGGAAAUGAGGUGGCUUUUCCUCUGUCCCCACACUGCUCCUGCUGCUUGAAAUUUUCAUUGAGAAAUGUUAAGAUAGCACAUGUCACAGGAUGGAAGGCAUCUUAUAAUGCCUCUCUGAAUAACCAGCUUGUGCAGGGAAACGCUAAGACUUUUUACCAGUUGUGGGGCUUAGGUAGUAAAGGAUUCUCCCUGCUCUCCCCGCCGCUCCAUCCCCACACUAUAGGAAAAUCGCUGAUGUCAGAACUUCAGUUUUUGCUCAGCUCCCAAGCUAUGUUUCCAUUCUGCUUCUUGAGUUUGUUGCUUUUUGCUACAAACGUGGUUGCUUUCUUCAUACACUUUUCUUCUCUUUUGCAUAAAGGUAAAGGUAAAGGGGACCCUUGACUAUUAGGUCCAGUCGUGACCGACUCUGGGGUUGCUCAUCUCGCUUUAUUGGCCGAGAGAGCCGGCGUACAGCUUCUGGGUCAUGUGGCCAACAUGACUAAGCCGCUUCUGGCGAACCAGAGCAGUGCACGGAAACGCCAUUUAUCUUCCCGCCAGAGCGGUACCUAUUUAUCUACUUGCACUUUGACGUGCUUUCGAACUGCUAGGUUGGCAGGAGCAGAGACCGAGCAACGGGAGCUCACCCCAUUGCGGGGAUUCGAACCGCCGACUUUCUGAUCGGCAAGUCCUAGGCUCUGUGGUUUAACCCACAGCGCCAUCCGCGUCCUUUUCUCUUUUGCAUACCUCAUGCCAAAUCUUAACCCACCUGUCUCUCAGUGCCCAGCUUGCCUUCUCUGCCUCUGUUACUGUUGUUUCACUGCCCUCCUACCCUGGUGGUGAUGACUGGCCAGCUGAAUUAUCUAGACCAGUUGGUGGGAACAUUUUCCAGGCUGAGCUCCACGUUCCCUUCUGGAUAACCUCCUGAGAGCCAGCCGCAUGCCAGCAGCAGCCGGAGCCAAAAGUGGACUGUGCGGCAAAUCUGAAUUUUACCUUUAUACAAUAGGCUAGUUUCUAUACAGGUUCACCCACCUCUCUAGCCUUCGAACAAACGAGGCAUUAUCAGAGUUCAAAAGCUCACUUCAGCCUGGCAAGAAUCUUAGGGUGCAGAUUAGGGCCAUUGAGGGAUGUGGAGGGCCGUUGAAGGACUGUAUGUGGCCUCCGGGCCUCAGUUUCACCACCCCUAAUGUAGACCCAUUUUAAUCUGGCUUCAGGCCUGGGUAUGGCACUGAAACAGCCUUGGUUGUCCUGAUUGAUCACCUGUAUUGGGAGAGAAAUAUAGGGAAUGCUUUCCCAUUGAUUUUUUUUUUAAGGAAGUAGCAUUGCGGGGUUUCUGCAUGGCCUCAUGGCAGUUCUUUAGGGCCCUGCUAGGUUCCACCUUGUCUCUAAAUCACUGCUGAGGAGUCAUCUGGGAAUUCAGAGUGCAGUGCCACCCAUAUUCAGGUGGUUCCAAGCGCACACUUUACUCAGUCUGAAUCAUGGGAAAUUGUGCAGUGGAAUGGAUGAGGGCUGAAUCCGAAUCUUGAUAAGGCGGGUGUUGCAGGUAAGUAGUUCCUGAGUGCGUGAAUUGAGUAGACACUAUGUUCUGGAUGGGGUAGGACUUCAUACGAAGGAACAGGAGAUAUUCCUCUAUUUCAAGUGGUUGCCUGAAAUCCAAGUAGCCUCAGUGACUACAUUCUCAUGCCCACCUCUACCUGGUUUGCCACCUAUUGAUGUUCCUGGCCUGGGAUUACCUGACAUCAGUGAUUCAUGAUCUGGUAAUUUCCUGGAGGACUAUGUCACUCUACUACAUCUUGCAUCAUCAUCAUCAUCAUCAUCAUCAUCAUCGUUGUUGUUAUAUUGAAUUUGUUAGUCACUUUAUCUUGCUUGGGGCAACCCACAGUGCCAUACAGCCAACCAAACUGUCAUUAUAUGUGGGAUGAAAUGGGGUUUUAUGUCAUCAAUCCUUAAAGCACUACACUGCUGAUAGGAGAUAUUGAGCACAAUUCAAGGUGUUGGUAUUAGCUUGCAAAGCCCUAAGUGUCUUGGGAUCCAGUAUCUAACAGAGCACCUUGCAAUUUUUAUUGGCCUUGCAAUCGGCAUGGGAAAACCUGCUCCUGGUCACCCUGUAAGACAUGGCCCAUGGGAUGGUGGCACGGAGCUGGGCCUUUUCUGUGGCAGCGCCCCAGUUCUUGGUUUUUCCCUCAGUGUUUGGGCCUUUAACACAAAGGACAUAGAACUGAACAGAACAGUUGCCAUCACAUGCUGCACUAACCUUUUUGUUAUGUUGAUUUUAAGACCGUAAUUUUGCGGUCUUAAAGAGAGGAAGAGCCAGAUACAAGAAUAUUACUUAAUAAUAAUGAAAAACAAAUACAGAUUGUUUUUAUUUAUUUUUUUUAAAAAAACCUGUUGGAAAGAAGCUGUGAAUUUCUUUGGAAAAAAAUAUGCUGGGCCUUUUUGGCUUCAUCAGGCAUAUAAUGCAUUGGAUCUAACAAGUGCCUGUACAGCCUCUGGCAUGGGACAUCUGUUUUGGUUUGUUUGAAGUUGUAAGUGUUAAAGGUCAGUUUAAAUUUCAUGACCUUCAGCAAAUGCUUUUGCUCGACUGUUCUCAGUGCACAUGGAAAAUCUUUUUAUUGACUUCUGCAAAUACAUCGUGACAUUUUCAAGCAAAGGUUGCUAAGAAGGUUGCAGCCAUUGGGUAGAUAUAGUCGUGGGUUUGAAAUAAGCUGGCAUGUCUCUCAACUACAUUCAAUAUCUGCAAGUAGUCCCCAUUAUGAGGGGGCAGGGUAGGUCUUGUCCCCUUACCUUUUAUGAUGGCCCCACUACUUAAUGAGUUAGUGCCAGAGAUGGGUGCCAGGAGAAGUUGAGGAAUACUCACAUGGCUUCAGCGAAAUUAACUCUUUAUUCAAAGAGGCCAGGCAACUCUUCCCAGUAGAACUUGCCCCUGUGAGGCAGUUGUGGAGGACUGAAGGUCCUCACCUUCCCAUAGCUCCCUAUGUCUCCUCCCCUGGUCCCUUCUUAAGCAAUCUGAAGCACUGUCAUCUUGCCUGCCUUUGCUCCACCCUCUUCAUACCUCUUUGGGCCCUGGGAGACCAGGUGGGAGGGGAGCUGGUUGCAGCAGGAGGGGGAGACUCCCUGGUUUCUUCAGCAGUCUGCUUUAUCCCUGCCUCUUGCCCCCCUCCUCUCUAGCUUCUGCCCCAAUUCUGCACUGCUCACUGCCACAUUCUCUUCCUUCUCACUAAAUUACCUCUUCUGCUUCUGACACACACACACACACACACACACACACACACACACACAAAUUAGUAGUGAAAACCUGCAAAAGAGGAUAGCCAGGUCUGAACUUUUAGUGUGGGUUGAACUUGGGCUAGUAAUGCAUUUGCAGGUAGGUGAUGAUGGUGAUGUUCUCUUAGGAAUCAUAGAAUUGUUGAGUUGGGAGGGAUCCUGGGGGUCAUCUAGUCAAUCCCCCUACGAUGCGGAAAUCUCAACACAUGGUCCCACUAUUCUAUGUCCCCCAACAAAGCUUGCCAGCAGUACCUUACAUACUGUUUUUCUUAACCAGUUUUGGCCAUUGUUCUUUUUCCCUGUCUCCCCCCCCCCUCCCCACAUUUGGCAUCGUAUCUAAGACCAGUGACCUGUUCUGGAAACUACCCUCUCCCUUCUCUCCCUACCCCCUUUAAAAGUUAAUCCUGAGAAGAAAUUCCCCUGUUCUAGAGCAUCUCUCGAUUGCUCUGCCCAGCCUGGCCUUAGACCAGAUGUGUCUGAAUAUGGUUGCUUGUAGGCCCAACAGUCUUGGCAGAUAGUGAAGGCCUUUCCUUUGAAAAGCUGAGACCCCAGAAUUUUCAGAGCAUGGCUUCCAAUUUGACUUCAGAUGAAACCUCCUGCAAUGGAACAAAAUGCCUACCUAUGGUUUCUUUGUUCUGGCUAAGAUGUGCUUGGGCAGCAGGGGAAGGCAUUUUCUACCUUUGAACUUGUGGAAAUGGAUUCUGAGAUACUAGGCAAUGCAAAGUCAGGAUAAAUGUUGGCCUUAUAGAUCUCAUGUGGCAGAAGAUCUGUCCCCCUCCCGCAGAUUUUGAAAUGCCUUGUUUUUCUAGUGAAAAAGCCUAGUGACCAAUUUCUUAUGAAACUGCAUUUGUUGUUGUUGUUUAGUCGUUUAGUCGUGUCCGACUCUUUGUGACCCCAUGGACCAGAGCAUGCCAGAGCACGCCAGGCACUUCUGUCUUCCACUGCCUCCCGCAGUUUGGUCAGACUCAUGCUGGUAGCUUUGAGAACACUAUCAAAACUGCAUUACUGUACCUUUAUAGGUUGUGCAGAAUUGCUGUCUUGUGAUCUACUUUGCGGCUAAUGAACCAACUUAUUGAGACUUUUAUAAGAAAAGUUAAGUGGCCGUAACUGCCUAGAAAAGUUGAAGUGUCAACUUUGGGGUUUUUUUUGGGGGGGGGGGUUUCAGGUUGUUUAAGUGAAACUGAUGGAUAAAGCAAGGUAUCUAGUUUUUUUGGGGUUUUUUUAAAGGUGUUUGGCCACCAGGUUGCUGCCACAAUAUGCUGUAUCUUGUCUAGAUGCUUUUUCCUCUGCCAAUUUCAAGCCAUCAGUUGGAUAUAUUCAAGCCUUCAAAUUUGUGGAAUAAUUUUUGUUUCCAAGGUGGUGUUAUGAAAGAUGACAUUUUGAUCUGGAUGUCAAAACCUUCAUAUAUAGAAGACACAAAUGGAUUUUUGUAGUGGUUUGAUGGACACCCGAAUAUUAGUUUCAACAUGAAUUAGGAGAAAGAACUUAUUAGAUGUGUUGGUCAAAGUUGGCAAGAUAAGAAGUAUAUUUUAUAGAAAACUCUUGGGAAAAUUCUCAUGAUAUGACAGUUCACAUCCCAAGUAUGUUUAACUGAAUGCACCAUAUGGUCAGUUUAAGACAUGGGUAAGCAAACUAAGGCCCACGGACGGUCUGCGAAUCAGUGUGUUUUUACAUGAGUAGAAUGUGUCCUUUUAUUUAAAAUGCAUCUCUGGGUUAUUUGUGGGGCAUAGGAAUUUGUUCAUUAUUUUUUUCCAAAAUAUAGUCUGGCCUCCCACAAGGUCUGAGGGGCAGUGGACCGGCUCCCUGCUGGAAAAGUUUGCUGACCCCUGGUUUAAGAGUUUCGAUGAGACACUUCAUCUUCUUUUGAUUUUUCUGUAGGGAAUAAUUUCAGUUAGCUAUAAUUUGAGGACGAAAGCAAUCCCAAAUGACAUAUUGAAAUCAGCAUUGGGGGAAACAUCAUAACACAGGUUUUGUUGUUGUUGUUGUUUUAAAAAAGAACUGGAUUUCCAGGAUUCCUGUGGUUAAUACAUCAUGACUAUUUGUGGAAUUGGUAACAUUAUAUACUCUUGUGAUUUACUGUUCUAUGCUUUUUGGAAUAUGUUAUUAAAUGGUUCUGUAUUAUAGGCAUUGAUCUUUAGGCAAAAGAUUGAUUUCUAGUUUAUUGAUAGAUUAGAAAAAUAGAGAUUUGUGAGGGAUGAUAAGUAUCUAUGCCUAAUUGGAAAGUGCUUCCAUGGGGCCUGCAUGUCUUUAAUAAUCAGCUGUCAUCACGACUUCUGAUAUCCCUGACUUUGAAACCAAAGAGCUGCAGGAUUUCCUGAAAGUAAGGAAGUGGAGCUUCUCAAACCCCACAGGUCUCACUUGUUCUGUUCUUGUUCUCGCCUUCCAAACCUGUAACAUGGACCCAAGCUGGUUAGGCACAUGGAUGAAACAGAUCCUGAUCUGGAUCCAUGUUAAUCAAACAGAAUCUUUCAAUCCAGGAUAUUUUAUUAUUUGUUGUCCAAGGGUAAAGCAAGUGAGAAAUAAUAGGUCACCCCUGAAAUAAAUUAAACUGUAUAUUCUAACUCAAUCCUACACUUGCUGUAGAUCCUAGAAUUAGUUGUACUAAUCGGCAGAUGAAAGCAUAAUAAUACUAAUUUAUUAUUUAUACCCCGCCCAUCUGGCUGGGUCUUCCCAACCACUCUGGGCAGCUCCCAGCAGAAUAUUAAAAACAUGAUAAAAUAUCAAUCAUUAAAAACUUCCCUAAACAGGACUGCCUACAGAUGCCUUCUAAAAGUCAGAUAGUUCUUUAUUUCUUUGACAUCUGAUGGGAGGGCGUUCCACAGAGUGGGUGUCACUACCAAGAAGGCCCUUGGAGCUGGACCUCAGUGUCUGGACUGAACGAUGGGGGUGGAGACGCUCCUUCAGGUAUACUGAGUCGAGGCCGUUUAGGGCUUGAAAGGUGAGCAACAACACUUUGAAUUGUGCUUGGAAAUGUACUAAAUGUCAGUGGUAUAGUGGGUUUUCCCCCUGGAGCUUCCCCAGGCAAAAGCUAAGGCAAAAGCAUGUUCAUAAUGAACAAUUUCUGUACUGUCUUCAAGGGAGUGGGGCUGGGAACAGCAAGUGACCAAUCAGCUAGGGUCCUAGGCUUCCUCUGGUGUCAUAUGUACACAGGAUGGUGAUACUGAAUAUAAAUAGUAGAUAAUUUUGCCAGCUAGCCACGUUGAUCUUAGAUCACUGCUAUUCUUGAAUAUAUAUACAUGUGGUUCUUACUGGUGGUGGUGAUCGUUUUUGGGGUGGGGACCAGAACAAUUUUCAGGCUUGUGGCUCUUGCUACUUAUAAAAUCCAUAAGAGUGUUUGUUAGUGGCUUCUAUAGUAAAUUAUUAGUUGAUAGCCUUUUUGCUGUGCCUAUCAAUUAUUUUUUUAUUGUUUCAUGUUGCUUACUUAAGCCAUUCCGACUCCUUCCUGGAAUGCAGAUUAUUGCAUAUUUAAUGAUAACAGCACCACUGAAGGGAUCUACAUGUAAAUAAAGAUCCGGUUUUUUAAAAACUGAGCCUACACUCUUGGCACCAUGUUGUGAUGGAAUAAACCUCCUUUUUCAACACGUCCUCAUUCUUUCAGAAUGACGCUGCUUUGGACAAAGUGAUGUAUCGAGAAAAUAAAAUGCAUUGAGCUGUGCUGCUGUUGUAAUUCUUGCUCUUAAAAUAUACCAAGAUGAGAUACUUGCUGAGACUAGCACCAUUUGACUAGCACAGUAUUAAAUUGCAAAGCUCGAACCUGUAUUGUAUUGUAUUGAAAAUGACUGUCUUGCAGAAAAACCAGCACAUUUGUUUAUCCAAUGCUUGCUUUUGUGCUUUUUAAAAAGCAUAUAUUAAAUUUCAGCUUGCAUUAUAUAUGAUGAGAGGGGGAGAUAUCUGUUCAUUGCCAGUAACGUAGCAGGCAGGUGGCAGUGGGUAAAUUUCAGAAACGCUUAAACUUUUUUCAUUCUAGCAACCGCAGGGAUUGAUUAAAUAGUGUUGUCUUGGAAGAAAAUUCGAGAAACAAAUUUUGUUUGGAUGCGGCCAUGCAGAACAAAAGGCACUUCAGUUCACUUAACUCUUGGCAUGUAGGUCAUGACAUUAACUAGUGAAUUUAAGCUGGAGUUGAGGCAAAAGUGCGUUUUGUCAAGACCCUCUGCACUGCAAAAUAAAGCCCCCUUGGACAACUUUUCUGGAGAGGCACAAAUACAGAGAAAGUGUUUGUGUAGCUGGUAUCUACCCUUAGAGCAUUCUUCCGCUCUCCACCAUCCCAGUAUCAUUCUGGAGCACCAGUUCGCUUUUUUGCUGACAAACUGGCACAAAAGUAAACUUCUGGAGAUCUUUUAUGGAAACAUUUCUCUCCCCAGCCCCCUGCCAGCAAAGUCCUUUCUGAACAUUCAGUGCAGCCCUGAUUUAAAUCUACUGCUAGUAAACCACUUUCCCGAGGGUUUUUUGUACCAUAAUAGUUCUGCUUUAAGGAUAUUACAGUACUGCUAAAUUGAUUCCCCACCUUAGCCUUUUCCCCAGGUGCCCAUGUUUUGACAAUGGUAUGAUCCAGCUAGACAUCUUAUGUUUUAAUUAACGUCUUGUUCUGAUGCUUCCCCCCCCUCCUUUUUUAACGUGACAGAAUUCUCUGACAAGAAGUUGUCCCCUUGCUAAUGAUUCCCAAGCACGGAGUGGCGCCCGGUUUCACACCUCCUACGACAAAAGAUACGUCAUCAAAACCAUAACAAGUGAAGAUGUAGCAGAAAUGCACAAUAUACUGAAGAAAUAUCACCAGGUAAUUAAUUGCUUGUUUUAAGGGGGGUGGGCUUGUGAGGAGAAACACAUUGAUUGAAGUUUAUAUAAUGCAGGAAACAGAAGUUUUAAACUAGAGUUGGUUUGCCACUGUAUUUUCAGUUGAAUCAACACUUUGGUACAUGAAUUUUAAACAUUAUUAGUGGCAGGGGCUAGCAGUUCGAAAGCACGUCAAAGUGCAAGUAGAUAAAUAGGUACCGCUCCGGCGGGAAGGUAAACAGCAUUUCCGUGGGCUGCUCUGGUUUCACCAGAAGCGGCUUAGUCAUGCUGGCCACAUGACCUGGAAAAACUGUCUGUGGACAAACACCAGCUCCCUUGGCCUAUAGAGCGAGAUGAGCGUGACAACCCCAGAGUCGUUCGCGACUGGACUUAACUGUCAGGGGCCCUUUACCUUUACCUUUGUUACAUUAAAACAAACAGCUCUAGACAUUUUUGAAGUCUGCAUCCCAUCCUGAAAUAUCAGCCUGCUCAGGUCCUUGGAAAGAGUCCCGUCUCGUUUUUCACCACCAGAGGAAAUAAGUCGUGGCACCAAGAUUUUGGUGGCAAUGCCUCAAUUAUGGAAUUCUCCCCCCUGGAAGUACAGCUGGCACCAACAUUGAUAGCAUUUUGGUGCCAGAUUAACACUUGUCUGUUUACCCAGUCAUUUAUGGGAUGUUAACCAGCUGCUGCAAUUGGUGUGUUGGAGUAUUUCAUUUAUAUUACAAUCUGCUCUUAUUCUGUUUGGGUUGUUUUAAAUGUUAAUUUAACCUACCUAGGAACCAAGUGAUGGGGCUGGGUAUAAAAUGUUCUUAAUAAAAUCAGUAAUGGUAGCUGGCAUGCUAUAGUUGGGAAGAUUCCCCUCAUUAUAGCAUCAACAUUUAUUUGCUUGAGUGUUUUGUCUUUCAACCUCCUCUGUCCAAUUUAUUUUCUGUGCCUACAUGAUACACUUUAGCUUUCACCCUAAUACCAUGAGUGGCAGUUAAUAUGGCUGAUGUCAACUCCUUACCCAUAUAAAUUUGAUUAAGCAGUGCAGGCUAACGUUAGACCUAGCACUUACCCUAGAAGUUUUUAGGUGCCUGACUUUAACAAAUGAAAACAUCAAAUUCAACAUUACUAUUUUAGUUAAAAUGAAUAUAUGUGUAUCACAUUACAAUCAGAACAAUUAAAAGUUGACAAUUACAGAAAUAGUGUCUGAUAUUAACUUGAAACAAUUAUUUGUGACCCAGUUGUUGAUGUGUGAAAUAUACCUAUUUUUGCUAUACUAGAGGCAAAAUAAUAGGAAUCACUGACCAUUUUGUAUAUGUAUCUAUGGCAUACUAAUUUAGCAACAUAUCUUGCAGGAACACAUGUCAGGCAGCUAGAAGUGCGGCUGGUUCUCCGGAAUGUGUACAUAGGAUAAAGCAGACACAUAUUUGACUUUGCAGUUCCAUGUAAAUUAGUCCUUAGUGAUCACAGCUACAUCUGGGAUUAAACUUCAUGGCUUUAGAUGAGAGAGCAUGACUUCAACCAUUGUAUUCCAAAAAGCAACUACAUGUCAAUCAUUAGGGUCACAUACAAUGUAUUAGCCAUACAGGAAGCAGUGAUUUUAUUACAGUCUGAAAUAUAUAUGGAAUGUGGUACACAUAAGGAAUGCCUGUUUUUGAAGCACUUUUUGGCUUUAUCUAUCUAUGUAAGGCAUUUUUACCCUCUUUUGAAGAAAAGGCUCCUAGAGCAGCUUACAGAUCAAUAAAAAGCACACUGGGUUUUGCCUUCAGGCUUGCAAUCUAAAAUACAUGACACAAAAGAAGAUAGGAAUGGUGAAGGAGGAGGAAAAGCAAAAGUGCCCGUUCUUAAGGUUACUUUUCUUAUCAGUUCGCGUAGCCAGUUCAAGGGAGCCUGAGGACAGAUACCAGUCCAUAACUGAGAUGCAGUUGAUUCAUCCCAAACACAUCUUUGCCUGACCUGGACUUGUUUUCUCCUAAAAACAAGUAAACCCCCACCUUCUGUAAGGCAAGACAGAGCAAGUGUCAAUCUCUUCAUCAACAGCUAAGAAAUAAGGCCACAAAGUGUCUUAGUCAUGUUUGGAAAGAUGCUCCUCUCAGUUUCAUUUUUUUGAAUUGCCUCUAAAGGUGGCGACUGUCCCUUCUUUUGUGUGUGUGUGUGUUUUGGGGAGGGCAGCAAAGCAUAAACAGUGUUUAUCAUGUCUUUCUUCUUUCCUUCCCUCAAAUCUCUGCUUCAGUAAGCAUUGCCCAACUGAGGAAUAGGAAACACUUGAACAUAUUGAAUGCAUUCUGUUUUUAGUUCCGUUUCAGGCAUACACAAGUUUACUAAUAAAUAUGCUAAAGGGCACUAUGCUUGCCUCGUAGAUUUAAUAGUCCCAGGAGUCCUGAUAGCUGCAUUAAAAGCCUAUUUAUGUUAAACAAUCCACAUUUUAAACUUAAUUGCAGUGUAUUUUUUAUUUAAAAAAACCCUGUGGUUUAUAUAUGCAGACUAAAAAUAAAAUAUAGCUCUAAUCCAUCUGCUGCUGCAGCCAACUUCAGUUUACUCUCUUCUCUUUUUCUUCUACCACGUGCCCCCCCCCCCCCCGCAUCUGUUAAUAACUUUGCAGCCUUUUCUUUCCAUUGCAUCCUUUUUUUCUGUAGGACAGCUUCCUUUUUAGCUUGUUAUACUUCAUUCCUGACUACAUGUAAGUGGUGCUGAUUUCAGUUGAAUUUUAAGUUGGAGUUGCCCCACAUUCCUUUUUCAGCUUCAUGCUAGUGUUUCCCUUCCACCACUUUCCCCUGCCCCAAAGUCAGCAUGCAUAGGAAACAUGGCAGGACUUGGGGGGUGUGUGUCUAAAUUUACCGUUAUUGUGUGACUAUUCUUGAUUCAUUGGCUACUGGAAUGCCAGAGGAGGGGCUUGCAACUAUUUUUCUACGAACAGGUUUUGCUGGUUUAUCUUGCUUACAAGAGACCCAGUUCAUUUCUCACGGAGCAAACUGCUACUCACUGUAUGUUUUAACGUGGGUGGGCUGCAUUCUUAGCAUGUACGUCUCCUUUAAAAAUAUAGGGGAGUCUGUUUUUGUCUUGUUUCUUCCUGCUUUCUUCUUUGUCUUUUGACCUGGGUGUUGUGAAAACCCUUUUCUGCUGUUGGACCUAAAUUGUAGUUGCUAAAAAUGAGAAUUUGAAUCUUCUUCUUUUUUAAUAUACAUAUAUGCCUUCCAUACAUAUCAAGCUUUUAAACCGAUGAUUGAGGGGUUGUGAAAUGUUUUACUGUGGUCUAUGUUACCAUUGGGAUGCGGGUGGCGCUGUGGGUUAAACCACAGAGCCUAGGACUUGCCGAUCGGAAGGUUGGUGGUUCGAAUUCCUGCGACGGGGUGAGCUCCUGUUGCUUGGUCCCUGCUCCUGCCAACCUAGCAGUUCAAAAGUAUGAAGUGCAAGUAGAUAAAUAGGUACUGCUCCGGCGGGAAGGUAAACGGCGUUUCCGUGCGCUGCUCUGGUUCGCCAGAAGCGGCUUAGUCAUGCUGGCCACAUGACCUGGAAGCUGUACGCCGGCUCCCUCGGCCAGUAAAGCGAGAUGAGCGCCGCAACCCCAGAGUCGGUCACGACUGGACCUAAUGGUCAGGGGUCCCUUUACCUUUAUGUCACCAUUGUAGCUGUAGCAGAAGUACUGUAGUAAUGAUCUAGCAUGUAUAUAUAGAAACAGCUUUGUAGAUACAGUCAGGAAACAUAAGACUGUAUGGCCUCUGCUUGCACAUGUUUACUUGAAGGUAAGUUCAGAGUGGAGCAUUACCUAGUAAGCGUGCAUAACAUUUUAGCCUUGACACCUUUAGCAGUUUCUGCGACUAAAGAACAUUGACACAGCAGUGAAGUCCCAGAAAAAGAUGUAUGCAAAUGGCUAAAAGUAAUGGGGAAGUGGCAUUAAAUGCCACAGUUUCUUAUUUGUUACCCUGGAAGAGAUCUACACUCAGCCAUGUAGCUCACCUGGUGACUGGGGGCCAGUCACAGGACUGCUCAUUUUUAUUUAUUCAAUUUAUAGACCACCUUUAUCUUUCAAGGAUCUCAAGGCGGUAUAAAUGGUUCUAAUUUCCCCCCAUUUCAUCCCCACAACAGCCCUGUGAGGUGGGGUAGGCAGAGAGGUAGUAGUGACUGGUCCAAGGUCACCCAGUGAGAGUUCAUGGCUGAGUUGGGAUUUGAACCCUGUUCUCCCAAACCCUAGUCCAACAUUCUAACCAUCUAAAGAUGUUAUUCCCUCUUAACUCCUCACAAAACUCCUUCUAGCUUAUAGGGUUGAGUGGUGUGCAUUUUAGCAACUGCUUUAAAGUAAUGUACAAAUGGACUUUAAUCUUCUUUAAGGCAGGGUUAGGAAACCUGGGGCUCAGGUACCAAAUGCAACCCUCCAGGCUGUGGUCAGAGGCAGCAAUCCUCUGAAUACCAGUUGCAGGAAAGGGCUCUUGUGCUCAGUGUUAUGUAUUGAAGUGCUCACCCUGGCCACAAGGGGUAUUGUGUACAGUGGUGCCUCGCAAGACGAAAUUAAUUCGUUCCGCGAGUUUUUUCGUCUAGCGAAUUUUUGCAUUGAAAUUCAAUUAAUGCGUUCCUAUGGUCAAAAAAAGUCCAAACAAAGCCAAAUUUGGUACAACAAGAGUUUAUUAAGUGCUCUUUAAAGUCACACAUACUGUAAAGAGCAUUUCAAAAAUUGAAGGAACAAUAAAUUAAGUUUCUAAACAUGACAGAAAAACAUUUAAAAAUCAACAAAGUGUACAGUACAUUUUCUAAGACUCUGGGGACAACUCGAAGAAGGUUCCUCUUCCACUCUUUGCUUCUUGCUGAAGAACCCCUCCUCAACUGUUCCCCCAGCCACCCACCACACAGAAAUUCAAAUCCAGAAUUUUUUUUAAAAAACAGCAGAGUGGCCCAAUAGUCACAGAAAAUCAUAAAAAUGCAGAAAAAAAAACACAAGCUUCCAGAUUCUUGCAAACCCCUCCCCAACACCAAGUCCUUGAAUUCCAAACACCCCAACCCAAAAUCCAAACCCCCCCAAAAAAGUUUUAAAAGUUUAAAAGAAGUUUUGGAAAAGCUUCAAAAAUCACCAAAGUCUUCAAAAACCUCAAAAAAGGCUACCACACUGCGUGCUAUGAGUUGCUCCUCGAAGUCAAGUCGCAACUGUAUUAACGGUGUUAUGACAAGGAAACAAACUUGCAAGACGUUUCGUUUUCGUCUUGCAAGCCCAUAGGGAAAAUCGUCUUGCGAAGCAGCUCAAGAAACGGAAAACCCUUUCGUCUAGCGAGUUUUUUGUCUUGCGAGGCAUUCGUCUUGCGGGGCACCACUGUAUAUAGUUUUCACUCAGGUCCGCAUCAGUUAAUUUAGGCGGGAAACCCUGGGGUGUUGUUGUUACAGUGUGACAGCCAGCUGCCUAUAAAAGCAGGCUGGCUGAGCUGUUCAGUUCAGUUCAGUUCCAGCUUAUAUAAAGAACCACUUGGAGAAAUCUCUGUGUUGUCUGCUUUGUCAACCCACUACUUAAUACUCAGGUUCUCCUUGAGGUUUUCCCCAUAGGCACCUGGUGAGUCAGUGUGAGAUCAGGAUGCUGGACUAGAUGAGACCUUGGCCUGAUCCAGAAGAGAUCUUUUGAUGUUCUUAUGUUACAUUCUCUGUCUUUGGAAUUCUCCCCAGGCCUUUCCUUGCACCCCGAGGUUUUCUGUUUGUUUGACUAGAAUGCGUCCUUGAACUCUGCUAAUGCCUCUUGCUUGGCUGGAUGGAGACAGGGUGUGUGUAGAAACAGGCCUAUUUGUAUAGAGGUGAAAUAUUUGUAAUUCUACCUACUUUGGUCUGUGGCCAGUAUUUCCAUGUGGCCCUUGGGAGGUUGCCCAGAAUGUAAUGUGGACCUUGGGUUGAAAAGAAUUCCCCCACCUCUGGUUUUAGGUAUUGUCACUCUACCCUUCUUGCUGAUCAGAAGGUCGGCGGUUCGAAUCCCCAUGACGGGGUGAGCUCCCGUUGCUCAGUCCCUGAUCCUGCCAACCUAGCAGUUCGAAAGCACGUCACAGUGCAAGUAGAUAAAUAGGUACCGCUCCAGCGGGAAGGUAAACCAGAAGCGGCUUAGUCAUGCUGGCCACAUGACCCGGAAGCUGUACGCCGGCUCCCUCGGCCAAUAAAGUGAGAUGAGCGCCGCAACCCCAGAGUCAGCCACGACUGGACCUAAUGGUCAGGGGUCCCUUUACCUUUACUCUACCCUUCAACAGGGGUUGCAGUGGUGACUAGGAAUGGGUGUUAAGCAGCUCCCCACUCAAGCCUUACUUGUGUAGGGGCGUGGAUGGGGUUGUUGCUUAGUUCCUGCUUAUCCCAUCAGCCAAGUUGGCUUCCAGAAUUGCUGGGUUACAGCUUCUGAUCUUGCUCUGUGUGCAAUGGCUGAGCUGUGGGCAGCAGAACAGCUAGCAGAUUUUUGCAAUUAGUGUUGUGGUAUAGCCAAGAUUAUUGAGAUUUCUGUACCCCUUGGCUACAACCUGUAACACUGAAUGAACCUGAACAUUGAAAACAUAAUGAUCUGCUUUUUCACACCUGACAGAUCACUGUCUUGCCAAAAGUAUCUUCUCAGGGCUGAUCUAGAAAUAAUUUAAUGAGGCCAUCUAUACACCAAGCUUAAAUUGAGUAGGAGAUGACUCUCUAAAUUGGCUUCACAGCACAGAAACUCUCUUUUACCAGACAUUUGGCAUAAGCUGUAAAGGUAAAGGUACCCCUGCCCGUACGGGCCAGUCGUGUCCGACUCUAGGGUUGCGCGCUCAUCUCGUUCUAGAGGCCGUGAGCCGGUGCCGUCCGAAGACACUUCCGGGUCACCUGGCCAGCGUGACGAAGCUGCAGCUGGCGAGCCAGCACCUGCGCAGCACACAGAAACGCUGUUUACCUUCCCGCUAUAAAGCGGCACCUAUUUAUCUACUUGCACUUAGGGGUGCUUUUGAACUGCUAGGUGGGCAGGAGCUGGGACCGAACGAUGGGAGCUCACCCUGCUGCGGGGAUUCGAACCGCCGACCAUACGAUCGGCAAGCCCUAGGCGCUGAGGUUUUACCCACAGUGCCACCCGCGUCCCUUUGGCAUAAGCUGACCACCCUUUAAAACAACGCAAAACCAUUCUGUUCGGGCUAGCUGGGAUUAGAGAAGAAUUUUUGUCUAGCACAUCUGUAUUUGAACUUUUACUUGUCAAAGCCUUGUCGUUAAAUGCACAGUUCUCACCUUGAACAUUUUUAGGGCAGGGUAUUAAUGAAGACUCAUUCAGACUUGCAUCCCUUUUUGUGAAAUAGCUUUUAUUUACACUGUGUGAAGCAGUGGAACUUUAAAAAUAUAUAGGCCCUUUAAUCUCAAAGGAAAAUGCGUGUCUUUUUGUCAAAAUGUAUGCUGAAAUGCUCUGGAGGAAUUAUCCUGGAAUAUAUUGAAAUGAUCAAAGCACCGGCAAACCAAAGAACAAAGUCGGAAACGAUUGCUGUUGCCAAGUAAGAGUUUCAGCAGCAGUGACAACUGCAGAACUCUUGAUAGACAUCUCUGUGCAAAGGAGAUCAAUGUAAAAAUAUGAAGGUUUAAAUUAUAAAUACCUGAUACAGUUGGCUUCUUUUUAUUUCAAGAAGGUUCCCAGGGGCUACUCAUACAUCAGAUGAUAAUGAUGGAUUUCACUGCUGUGGAAUGAGUUGUGGUUACUGAUGAUUUUUCAAAGGGGGGGGGAACCUGUCAUCUUAGUUAGCUCCAGCUCCUUUAGAACCACCCACCAAACUGGCACUACUGAUAUCAUGAAAUGCCUCUUUUUAUUAUUAUUCUUUCCACAAUACACAAUAACAGGGUUGUACUUGUCAGGGCACCCCCAGUAUGGAGCCUGCUGCCAUCUCUGAAGUUUCUCAAGCUCCGCAGCAUUCAGUUAUUGUGCUCCAGACCACAGAACCUCACUCCAAGUGCAAGGAAUGUUUUGACACACUCCUGGUAAUAAUGUUCACUUUCUUCAUAAACAGUCUGCUAGAAACUGUAGAAUAAACCAUUGCUCAUAGAUCACAUAGGGACUUCUGCAUUGUCACAGUGAGGUAUAUUCUGAAGAAGGUCCCUUAUGGUGCCAGAAUUGUGUCCUAUAUAGAGAGAGGAAGGAAGAAACUGAUGGUAAAAUGUUCUUCAUUUCACUAUGGAGUCAGGGAUUUUAUUUUUUCUUGUUGGCUUGGAACUUUGCAUUCUGUUCAUGCUCUGGAGCUUGAACAUAAUGAGCCACUGCCUCUGGAAUUUUACAGGGAUAGGGCAUCCUGGAUAAGUGAAAUCAACAUAAUGGAUUUGUAGGAAGGAUAAAUCUUUUUGUGGGGGCUUUACACACAUAGAUGGGGGCACACACCCAUAGUUUCCUAAGACAUGGAAACACCCCUUAAACAUACAUUCCUGAAGAUACACUGGAACAGCCAAGUUGUGCUGAGGGAGGAGUCCAUAGCUCAGAAAUCAGUCUGGUCACUAUUAAGUCAAGGAUAUGGAGUCCAUGGCUCUCCAUUUGUUGGACUACAAUUCCCAUCACCCACACCACUGCUUGCUGGGACUGAUGGGAGUUGGAGUCCAAUAACACCUGCAUAGUCCUAGGUUCCCCAUCCCUACUCUGAAAAUGCAGUGCCAGUAAAUUAAAGGAAGUGUCCAGUCUUUAAAAUUAUGUCUUUGGAGGAUGUACAAGGACAGGGAGAAAGGAUAGAUAACUUUUUCCUCCCUCCCCAACCCCAAACUUCGUCAGCAAGCUUGUGUAACAUGCUGCUUUUUCCUGGUCAACUUGUAGAUUUAUAGGAGCAUAUACAGUACUUCAGGGAUGCGGGUGGCGCUGUGGGUUAAACCAUAGAGCCUAGGACUUGCCGAUCAGAAGGUCGGCGGUUCAAAUCCCCGCGACGUGGUGAGCUCCUGUUGCUCGGUCCCUGCUCCUGCCAACCUAACAGUUUGAAAGCACGUCAAAGUGCAAGUAGAUAAAUAGGUACCGUUCCGGUGGGAAGGUAAAUUGCGUUUCCGUGCGCUGCUGUGGUUCUCCAGAAGCAGCUUAGUCAUGCUGGCCACAUGACCCGGAAGCUGUAUGCCGGCUCCCUCGGCCAAUAAAGCGAGAUGAGCGCCGCAACCCCAGAGUCGGCCACGACUGGACCUAAUGGUCAGGGGUUCCUUUACCUUUACCUUUAUACAGUACUUCAUAUAAUAGGAAUGCACACUAGAUAAACAGAACUUUUUAUUUUAAAGGAAACCCUACUUGGUUUCUGGUUUCCUAUUUUGGGGCCAUAGUAAGUAGGGCUAAAAAGUCCCAAGGAUGCGACCUAGAAGAAGCACCACACAGCAUAAUAUCUCAGUUUAUCUUAAAUGACCCAAUGGCUUGGACUUCUGAUGGUGGCAGUAAGGCAAUAACCUGUCUGAAAUCGCCCUCCCUGAGCAAAUCUGGAGUGUUAACAGUUGUUUUAGCAAUGAGUUAUUUCAUGUAAUUGUAUGUACAAUCAUGCAGGUUCAUAUUUAAAUUUGGAAGGUGUAUACUCCUUAAACGCUUAGUCGUUUACAGUGCUGAGCAUCUUCAGAAAGUAUAAUUAGCUCAACACUGUGCAUGUCUUACAAAUCAUGAAUUUAAAAGCCUUCUACUUAGUAUAUGCCUAGCAUGUAGGGGAUGCCUUACUACACAAUUGGGGCAACUGAUAAUUUAUGCUAUAUCCCCCUUUCACUUAGCAUAGAUGUCUUCUUUGAAAAGGCAUUUUCUCCAAAUCACAUUGUGUUUAUUAGCAAUUUGAGUGGAAAGAGUGCAAUUGCAUUUCUGUCCGUGUGUGUGUGAGAGGGGGGGGGGAGACUGGAGCUCCUCUUUCAAGAUUUAUUGUAAAUGCAACACAAGAGUGCAGAUAAUUGCUGCCUUGAUAAUCCAUUGCUUUUUGUGUCUGUAACACAGCUAUAUUAAUAUUUUCAUCAGGGUAGUGGCAUGACUGGCAAAAUAGUUUGGGGAUCAAAUAGUUGGUGAGGGGACUUACACUGUGCAGAAGCCUGAUGAAACAAUAGUACCAAAAGACUGUGCACAAUGGAAUUGGGCAAAGACUACACACAAUGGAAUUAAUUUGGUGAAUGUAGAGAGAAGUGGCUCCGGUUUGUAAUGCUAAAUUUCAAAGGACAAGUGGCACAUCUUAGGAGGACACACACACAGAGAGAGAGAGAGAGAGAGAGAGAGAGAGAGAGAGAAGAAUAGUGACUAAUAAGAGCUGUUGGAUUUAGUUUUAAUACUCAAGAUAAAUUUUAGUAUACGAAUUCUGGAAUUUACUGUGUUAAACAGAGAUGGAAUUACACAUUGUCAGUACACUAUGCAGGAGUCUUUGUCUGCUGGCAUCUAAGAAUGAGCAGUAUGUGAGGCCUUUGUUUAAAAUGCUACAGUACACUCGCUGAAUGUGUUUAGGAAAAUUAGUGUUUUUUCUUUUCUUUUCUUUCUUCCCAUAGGGCUCCAUUUGUCUUUUAUUUAUAGAUUUGUUUUUAAGUAGUGAAAGCUUUAGACAGUUUUUAAAAAAAUACUAAUAAAGAAAACUGAAUUCUUGGAAUGUAUCAAACGAAGACUUGUUUGUGACUAGAUUUCCAAUUAAUGUGUAGGCAAAAGUGAAACUGUCAGUUAAUGGGCACCAACGAAAAUCCUGUAGCCCUCUUUCCGAACAAUUAAUUUUGUUUGCCUACUUUCCAACAGAAAUAGCAGGAAUAAAUAGGUUUUAAAGGGGGUGGGAGGUAGGAAGUUUUAGAGUAAUCUAUUAGGCUUUUGGAUGGAAAACUUAUUUGCCCCUCACCACACCUUUUUUGUGUGUUUACAGUAAGUUUUAUUAAUAGCCACAGACAAUUCCCAUUUCUCUGCAUAACGUAUCAGGAAAAAAGGCAAGAGUUCUAACUAGUAUAUAUGAAAAAACCUGAUACAGUCAAACCAAAUACCUCCGUUUUGGAACAUUUUCGCUCGCGAACAACGAAAACCCGGAAGUGUGUGUUCUGGUUUUUGAACAUUUUUCGGAAGCUGUGAAUGUCCACGGCGGCUUCCGCUUGAGUACAGGAAGUUCCUGCAGCCAAUCAGAAGCCACGCCUCGGUUGUCGAACAUUUUGGAAGCCAAAUGAGCUUCUGGAAUGGAUUAUGUUCGACAAACGAGGUUUGACUGUAAUGUAAAACCCUGGAGUGUGGGACAUGGGUGGCGCUGUGGGUUAAACCACAGAGCCUAGGACUUGGCAAUCAGAAGGUUGGCAGUUCGAAUCCCUGCGACGGGGUGAGCUCCCAUUGCUCGGUCCCUACUCCUGCCAACCUAGCAGUUCAAAAGCGCGUCAGAGUGCAAGUAGAUAAAUAGGUACCGGUCCGGCGGGAAGGUAAGUGGGGAUUCCGUGCUUUGCUCUGGUUUGCCAGAAGCGGCUUAGUCAUGCUGGCCACAUGACCCGGAAGCUCCCUCGGCCAAUAAAGCGAGAUGAGCGCCGCAACCCCAGAGUCGGCCACGACUGGACCUAAUGGUCAGGGGUCCCUUUACCUUACUAAAACCCUGGAGAGCUGCUUCCAGUCAGUGUAGACAGUACUGAGCUAAGUGGACCAGUGAUCUGACUUAGUAUAAGGCAACUUCCUUGAGGUAUGUGAGUUGUGAAGAGCACACAAUAUGCCAUUUAUCACUUCUCUCCCUGAGGGAGCAGGGUGCCUGUCAAGGAUUAGAUGUGCCAACAGGGUUUCCUUCCUCCUUAUCUCCUCCAGCUGUGCGCCUGCUGUUUUCUUAUCCUGCCAGCUGCCAGCAUGCCAGCGUAUUUAAACCUUAAAUUAGAAUACCUGUUUUAGUCAUCACUUUCCGGUCCAAUGCCAUCAUUUAUUUUAAUAGCCAGUGUGGUGUAAUGGUUAAGAGCGGUGGACUCGUAAUCUGGUGAACCGGGUUCGAUUCCCCACUCCUCCACAUGCAGCUGCUGGGUGACCUUGGGCCAGUCACACUUCUCUGAAGUCUCUCAGCCCCACUCACCUCACAGAGUGUUUGUUGUAGGUGAGGAAGGGAAAGGAGAAUGUUAGCCGCUUUGAGACUCCUUCGGGUAGUGAUAAAGCGGGAUAUCAAAUCCAAACUCCUCCUCCUCUUCUUCUUCUUCUUCUUCUUCUUCUUCUUCUUCUUCUUCUUCUUCUAGCCUUUGCAUGUUUGGUAGUGGGGUAUUAUCACUGGUCCAAAUGAGACUAGGGGUACUUACUUUAAAAAAUUGAACAAAUAUACUUAUGAUUUAUGAAAUAUUAAUAUAAUGGUAUGUUUACUUUCAGGUAAGUUCCAUAAUAAAGCUGGGUUUAAUAUCUGACACAAAAUAUUACUGUUACGGGUCUUACAGCUAUUUUAAAUCGAUGAUACUUGAACAUUAGUGUUACUUGUGGUUUAAAAAGACAGCAAAGUGUUUGCUCAAGAUCUUUUCCCUAUACGGUAACCAGAGUCAAGUUAUACUCCCUAAGCCCACCUCUGUUUAAUUCUCAAACUUAUUAAGAGAGCAUUCCUUGUGUGAACUUAAUUUGAUAAAUAGAAACUAAAAUCAUAGUUGGAUGGAAAGCCAUCUCUUUCAUCAGUCUGGGAAUACAGAAUAUAUAGUCCUGCGAGGUAGCACAGUACAGCAAAUAUGGUUUGAAAAAGAAACACCUAUAUUGUAGAACAUUUAUGUUUUUAAAAGAUAGGGCAAAUGAAACAAAUACAUUUUAAUGCUAUGUGGGUUUUUCCUGGAAGAAAAGUAAUGUUGAGUGAAAUUCAAAAUAGUUGUUAUCUUUGGAUAUGAAGAAAAGGCUUGUUUCACUCCAUAUUUAUGUCACAAAUGUAGUGUUUUAUAUCUCCCCUGAGAUUAACCCCCAGUCUGUUUCUAUACUAUUAUAGAUGUUGCUAGCAACCUGAAAAGCUGUUUGAUUACAGCUAAGAAGUGUCUCCAGAUAUGGUUAACUUUGUUCAUUGUAUUCUUCUAAAUACAUUUCCAUUUAAUGUUGAAGUCACUAAACUAGGUAUUUGCAGAACUGCAAAAAAUAAUAAUAAUUGUGUAAAUUGUUGACUUUUGCACUUAAGAAUUUGACUUAUUCUGCUGUAAAAAAAAGGAGUACUUUUUAUUUUUUUAAAAAUCCUUUAUGGCAUUGUACUAUGCAAGUGUAGUCAAUGCCAUCCAUCCUCCAAUAUUCAUGUUAUUGUAUUCUCAAUAGUAAUACAAUUCUAGGUGUCUUUUGCUUGGGAGAGUUCGGACUUUGCACUAAACCAUAGUUUAGUGUGAUGAGAAUGAUUCUCAGGGAGCUCCAGGCUCAUGAGCUUCCCUGCCCCUUGUCCACCAGUGUAGCCACAAGGAUAUGUUGGAAGCUUUUGCUUCUGUUUUCCAUUAACUACAGUCUAGCAUUCCAUUUGCAUCUAAACUAUGGUUGAUGUUAACAGUGGGUCUCUGGAAACAACAGGGGAAUAAGAAGCUCCAAGGUUUAGCAUGGCUUCUAAAUGUAAGCACUGAAAUAAAGCAGAGAAAAAAAUUGCACAGUUAGGUAGGUAACUUCUAUUUGGUAUAAAUGGAAGUAUCUGCUGGGUCAUAGGCAUGGACUGAAAUCCAGAGAGGAAUGCAUACAGAAAAAGGAUAUAUCACUUGGGGUGCUGCUCCCUGACUUUCAGGUAGGUUGGGGAGAUACUACUACUAGGAGUUGAUAAGCCCCUAUGAACCUGCUGAACACCGAAUAUGGUGUUGCGGAUCUAGGUCCUUUUCUGGCUCCUCAUAAAUGGUUGGGUGUAAUUCUUCCUUCCAUUAACUGAAAUAACAGAAGUUUCUUUUUUCAAAGAACACAACCCAAAAAGUAUUUUUGAUGCAUACUGUGUUUAUAUCUGCUAGCUGAACGGGGCAUGAUAUCUAUUUUGAUAGCUCCCAUAUAUCUGCAGGUGGCAGGCUCCAAGGCGGACAUCCUUUUUUGUGAGGGAAUGCUGAGAUCUUAGAAGUGAAAGUACAUAGUUUCUACCUGCUGGAAGUGAACUGUGUAAUCAUGAGGUGCAGAUUUGAGGUGAGAACUAGUAGAGAAGGGAAUUGCUAGGUUAUGUGAAUUCUGACUGUUUGUGAGAGACGAGGAUUAGCGAAACACCUUGAAGAGAUUCCUAACUAAAUGGGGGGGAAAUGUGUGUUCACUUUUCAUAUCUGUGUGGAAGAACCUUUUCAAAUUCUGCAGUUACCCUAUAGCGUGGCCCACCAACAGUUAAGGAAUGUGGGCCUUCUAGAAUUAUUUUUUCUAAUUGUUUGCAUUGUGGUAUAACUUUUCUCAUCAAAUCUGUAUGUCUGAAUCUUUGUUACUUCUGUGUAUCUCUGCAACAAAUAACCAGUAUGUGUCAAGUUCUAAUAUAAUUUUUUUCCUCCUAGUUUAUAGUGGAGUGUCAUGGCAACACACUACUUCCUCAGUUUUUGGGAAUGUACCGGCUUACUGUUGACGGAGUCGAAGUAUAUAUGAUUGUUACAAGGAAUGUAUUCAGCCACCGUUUAUCUGUUUAUAGAAAAUAUGAUUUAAAGGUGAGCACUGAGCGGCUUCUGUUAUGAAUAUUGCAGUAGCUGCCUUGAUAGUCCCCUCCCCCCCAAACGGUACAAAAUUCUGUGGGUUCUUAGAGGCUAUCAGUAGCAGUACACCAGAAAGUGUCUAGGAAACUCUUUCGUUAAGCUAUUAUUAUUGAAAUAGUUUGCGGCUUAUCUAACACCCAGACCUUUUAUGGAAGUAAGAUAACGUUGAGUUGUAUUGUGUGCUGUAAAGGAAGUGGCUUAGCAGAAGUAUGCUUGUUAAAAGUGGAUAAGUGCUAAUGGUUGCAGUGAAAACCAUUUGAGGGGUAAAAAAAAUAAAUAAAUAGCUGAAGCAGCUCUCAUGUCCUUAAUGGAUUCUGUAGACUGUUACAAAUCAGUCUGCAUGCAGAUUUUUUUAAAAAAUAAAUAAAUUAAAAGAACCAUUUUAAUGGUGUUAGGAAGAAUGUGUUAAAAGUUGAGCUAAUAUUUGUAGAUUCAAAAACCCUAGUAAGCAACUUCUGUUUUCUGUUACCAUGACCAAAUAUAUUAGGCUGCAGUCCCACUUAGCAAGGGAGUAAGCCCCAAUGUACUUAAUGGGGUUUCUGAGUAGACAAAUAUAGGAUUGCACUGUUUGUGUGUUUAAAGCUGUCAAACUGGCUCAGAUUAGCUUAUUCAUAUCCUGUCUUGUUUCCUUAGCAAGGAACGUGGCGAGCUGAAAAAAAAAUGUUUCAAAUGGAAACUGGCCUCUCAGGAAGACUGACUGACCUCCGGUGCACUUUAUUUUAACCAGCUGAUACAUGCUCUUUUAGCAAAAGAAACCGGUGCAUACCUUCCCAUAUGAUUUGCACCUUUGCAUUUGCUUACAGACUGAAAUGUAACUGUAGGGUGGCCUUGAGAACUCAAAAUCCAGAAUGCAAACAAUCUACGUUCUCUUGGCUUAAAUAGACGUGUUUGCUGGCCUAGCUUAUUUUGAAUGACAACAUAAUUCUUUCACCCCCUUUUGGCUGUAGCGCACCCAAUGCCUUCUCCCUUACGUUAGUAUAAAUGGUUUUCUGGAGACAACAAAAUUACUGCCUGUCAGUUCUGCUACCUGCCAAGAGUGGCAUGCAGCUAACAUUAAUACUCCCAAACAUCAGGCCUCCUCGGUUCCUACAAAUUCAAUUAUAUGUACAUUGUACACCAAUUCAAAAUUUUAAACUUGUCUCACUAGCUGCAAAAGUUGGUAUUUGGCAGGGCUGAUAUGCUCGUCAAUUGACAAGUCCAAUCAUAGAUUCAUAAAAUUGCAGAGUUGGAAGGGACUUCAAGGGGGUCAUCUGCUGCAACAACCUGCAAUGCAGGAAUCUCAACUACAGCAUCCAUGACAGAUGGCCAUCCAAACUCUGCUUAAAAACCUCCAGUGAAUGAGAGUCCACAACCUCCCAAGGGAGACCAUUCCCCUGUCAAACAGCUCAAAUCAAAGAUGGUCAACUGCCUGUUACUUUUUUUUUCAUGGUGUCAUCUGGCAAGAGUUCUAUGUUGCAAUUGGACAUGCUGUCCUCAAAGCUUCGGUCACUGUAUCCCUGUUUUUAAAAUUGCAGACAUUUUUAAUUGCUUUUGAAUGUUGCAUAUACUGUAAUCUGGGUGUGUGUAACUUUGCAUCAGGGCUACGGUGAAAAACCUUACCAUGAAACUACUGGGGGAAUUCUGCAUAAAAGAACACCUAUGCCCUUCCGUUUUAUCCCCAGUAGCAAUUUAAAUACAGUAUUUCUGUUUCAGGGGUCUACAGUUGCAAGAGAAGCCAGCGACAAGGAAAAGGUAUGGCAAAGGUUAUGUUUCCUUAAGUUGCCUAACUUCAGUUUUUAAGAAAGGGAGAAAGAGUGAUAAUCAUGCACCAUGAUUCUGCCAUCACUCUGCCUGUAAAUAACAGAUGCUGGUUUCAAAAUAAUUACAAAUGUUUAUUUAUACAUUAAGAAGCAUAGGAAAUCAGACAGCAUACACACAUUCUGAAUUACAAGCAUUAAAUAAAUAAUAAUACAGUACUAUUAAAAUACAUACAGUACUGUUGAGUUAAAAGGAUCUCAGUAGUCAUUUCUAGGCUACUGCUUGGAGAAGCAGAUUUGACUGGUUACCAAUUUGCUUCUGGGCAUAGUUCAGAGUUUGGCCUCAAAGAAAAAUGGUGGUUGGGUAUUUGCAUGGCAUCCCCCUCUGCCACUGGUGUAUUUUCUGCACCAGUGCAUAGGUGCUAAUGGGGAAUUUUAUGCCCUGAGUCAGUUGGUGCCCCAAAGUCUGGAUUAGGGUUUCUGACAGUGUGUGUAGACUCACAUCACCAUGCCUGAAAUGCUCAGCUUACCUUGUUGUGCUGCCUUUUUCUCUUCUCCUUUGCCAAUGCAUCUUCACCUUCCUUUACUGCUUCCUCUGCCUUUGUGUUAAGGACCAAUUUACACAUAUCCCUGUAUAGAAGUGUGAAGAAAUAAGCGUGUGCUGCCCUCUACCCAGUCACCUUUCCAGAAGUUUUAGCUAAAAAUACCUUGCACAAAAAUGCUUUGUCUUUGUUACAGUGACCUGGUUCACAUAAACAUUGGCUACAGCUUGUGGUUCAUUGAGGAGAGCUUCACCACAAAGCCAUUUUUGGCUGAAACACUAAGCCAAAUCUGGGCUUAGCUCAGCGCAGUAUGGGAAUAAAAAAAGGGCUUAGGAGGAGCAAAGCAGUGAACCAGGCCACUGAAGCUUCACAUUAACUUGUAUGUAUGUCUUAAAUUGGCAUACCUAGAAAACAAGUUGGAAAGCUACCUAGCAUGCCUUUAACUUUUUGACUAACCUUGGGCAUAGUACAGCUAUUCAAUCCAACAUGCUUUAGCCAGAUAUCUCUUAGGGCAGGGGUCAGCAAACUUUUUCAGCAGGGGGUCAGUCCACUGUCCCUCAGACCUUGUGGGGGGCUGGACCAUAUUUUGAAAGAAAAAAAGAACGAAUUCCUAUGCUCCACAAAUAACCCAGAGGUGCAUUUUUAAUAAAAGGACGCAUUCUACUCAUGUAAAAAUACCUGGCAGGCCCCACAAGCAACCCAGAGACGUAUUUUAAAUAAAAGGACACAUUCUACUCAUGUAAAAACAUGCUGAUUCCUGUACCGCCCGCAGGCCAGAUUUAGAAGGCGACUGAACCGGAUCCGGCCCCCAGGCCUUAGUUUGCCUACCCAUGUCUUAGGGCAGCGGUUCUCAACCUGUGGGUCCCCAGAUGAUGUUGGACUACAACUCCCAUCAUCUGGCCUUGCUAGCUAGGGGUGAUGGGAGUUGUAGUUCAACAUCAUCUGAGGACCCACAGACUUCUGACAUCAGGGGUGGAAGUGUGGCUUCUCCCAGUGCUGUGUGUGGUGGCAGUGGUGAGGAAGCACAUGAUUCAUGACACCUGCUCCUGAUCUCCCUAUACCGGGGCUGGAUUUAGGUUUGAUGAGGCCCUAAGUUACUGAAGGUAAUGGGGCUCUUUAUAUAGCAGGCGGGGCCCAUUACUUACAUCAUAGGAGCCUACACAACACAAAAUACUGUUGCUGUAUGUAGGUUUUAUUUAUUUGUUUUUUAUCUUUUGGAAGUGUACAUCCAGUUUUUUUUCCUUUAAAUUUUUUGGGGGGCCCCAAGAGAGUGGGGCCCUAAGCUAUAGCUUGAUUACUUUUUCGUAAAUCUGGCACUGCCCUAUACCAUAGUUAAUUGGGGAGCAGAGUAUCAGAAUUGGGCCCUUUGGAUGUGCAGCAUUUGUGGGGCGUUUUGAUGGAGAGUGCAGCUGAGCCCCACACUAUUUCUUCUGCUAGACUUCUGACAAAACAGAUGUGUGUGCAACGACUAUUGACAAGGUGAAGGCUGGCCUUGCAGAUGAGCAACACGUUUCCUUUUUUACUGUAAAUACUCUAAAAUGGCUUAACUUAAUCAAAUCGGUCAUAAAAGCAAACAAGGUCUCAAUUAAAUGGGAAAAUACGAUGCUCUGUUCCUUACAUUUAGAAUCAUUACUUGUGUGCACUGGAGCCGUAGCUCAUUUGUGCCCCCUUGUGGCUAUUCACAUUUUGGAUAGCUCUGAAAUACUCCCUUGCGCUUUUGAUCAGGAAAUUCCUUGUUUUCAUUGCUUGUUUCACUGGGCUCAUUGUUUUGAAACGGUUUUUAUGUGCCAGCUUUCUCUUGUCCAUUUCAGGCCAAAGAACUGCCGACAUUCAAAGACAACGACUUCAUCAACGAUGGCCAGAAGAUUUAUAUUGAUGAAACGAACAAAAAGAUGUUCCUUGAAAAGCUUAAAAAGGAUGUUGAGGUAAGGGGCUGCUUGCCUGGUCAGCUCUGAAGCUCAUCACACUUAGCAAAAGCCAUAGUGACUAUUGUAGUGAGACCUCCAAGGCAGAUUUACCCCACCAAUUCAAUAUUGCAAAAUACUGCAAAUAAAUGUUAUAGUGACCGGUAAAUUAUUUGUCCUCCCGAUUGUAACAGGGAUUUUGCUGGUGUUUUUUCAUGAGAACAAUUUGUUACGGAGGGCACCCAUCCAAUGUUCAGGGAUGCCAGUUCUUCUCAUGGUACCCACAAAAGCUAUCAAUGAAAAUUCCUGAUAUAGGUGCCUUUCCUCCCCCCUCGAUGGGGUGGCAUGCCUGCACCAAUUCAUGAUUCUGUCUCUUUUUCUGCUCUCUUAGAUGUGGCAGCCAUUGCACGAAAGCCCCACAGCAGUCAUUUUAUGGUGUGCCAUGACUCUGCAGGUCCAUUUCAUGACUGGUGCUCAUGGCACUUUCUCAAAGUUCAAAAUGCAUCCACUGGGUCAAAAAGGUUGGAAACCCCUGAAACGAGGAGAUAAAGGGGGAUUAGAGCCAUGGUAGGAAUGCUGAGGCUGAGGCAGGCUAGUACUUCCCUUAAGCUGGUGGUGUAAACUAGCAUCAGGGGGAAAAGCACAAAUGUUGCUUCUGUUGCUUUUAAUAUUCAUGGCACUGCAUCUUGAACUGUUAAAAUGCUCCGUAAACACUUGAUGUGCCUCUGAAAUAGGGGUAAAAUUGCAUUUUCUGCUAUUUUAAGUAUGACAGAUUCUUGGAAGGUCAGUCAUGUAAUUGUGUUUGGAGUGGCUUCUGUGGCAUUGAUUAGAAUUCAUAUUGAAGGAUCAUUAAAUUGUGUAUGUAGGCAAUUAUUGUGUAGUGGUUUGGCAUGCCACGGUGAUAAUGGAAAACUAGAAUUGAAUCUUGGUUUUAUCUUUCACAUUCUUAUUUUUUGGGGGGAGGGCAUGCUAAGAGCAGUAACUGUGCUCACAAAAUACUUAAAUUUACCCCAAUAUAUUUAGUUGAAUGUAAUUCAGUUUCAAAUCAGUUUUAAUCUUUGAUUUAUGUUUAUAGCAGGGACUCUCUGAAUCACGGCUUUGCUUCCUUAGAGUCCAGUUCUUCUGGAAACUCUGCACUCAGCUUCUGAGUUUGCUUGAUUAUUCAGUGUGGCUUUUCAGUUGCAUGCAGCUGGGAUGGGGCUAAGAUGCUUAACAAGCCUUCAUGGCAGCCGUCUAAUGUAUAUCAAAUUAUUGCACUGCUGCAGCCUUGUCUUUAAGGAUCAAACUAGUUGCAACAUGGCAAAUUGAAAGGGAGGGUUGGACAGUGGCAGGAGCAAAGGGUUAAAAGCCCCCUUCUGCAUCCCCUCACCUUACCUAUUAGUUUUGGGGUUUUUUUUAAGUAAAUCAAGCAAUGCACAUGAUGAACAUUACAUAGACUGAGGAUGUACUCUCCACACUGAUCUGCCAAAUCUGUUUUCCUUGCAGCUGGCAUUCUUUUAUUGAAAGUUGUCAUGUAACAAAGCAUUUCUUAAAGCAGCAUAAAUUUGGCUCUUCUGCCUUGCUUCACCAGUUCAAUUUUGCCCCCACCCAGUCACUGUUCAUGCACAUGGUCCAGGUAGAAUGUACUCUUGGAGCGGGAUAUAUAGGCUUUGAGUGCAUGAUCUAGUUGCAGGGUACAGAUCAUGUGUUCAGAGCCUUAGGCACACUAGGAUGCAGUUUUGCAGACUCCUGUACAGAAGCUGUGGUCACUGUAUGGCAUCCCCCUUGUGUACAUAUGCAAACAGUGGGAUCAUUGGAGCUUGUGGGAAAUGAAGCCAUGUGUCUCACCGACAUUUAGGUACAAAUACAUUAGUUCCAUACUAUUUUGCUUUUAAACAAUGGUUAGUGAAUUCUGCAAGUUUCAGACAUGGUGAUUACAAGAAUUUUCCUACUAAGGAAAAUUCACUUAUAAAUGACUACAAUAUCUAAGUCCUGUUAGCCAGAGCAUUCAGUAUCCCACAGAGACAAACCAAUAGCCUGCUGAAAAGCCUACAAAAGGCAUGGAGGAAACAAUCUUCUCCACUGCUGUGACCCAUCAUACUGCUUCUGGAUAGGGAGGUUCUAUUUAGCCAUCAAUUGAUGGAUGGAUUUUACCUGAGCUAGUGACCAUCCAUACACUCAUUCUGUCACUAAAUUGUGAGUUGUGUGAAGAAUUGUUUGCUUUCGUCUGUCCAGAAUCUGCUGCCAGUCAAUUUCAUUGGCUGGUUUCCUAGUUCUAGCAAUAUGUAAGAGGUAGAAAGUUCUCUUAAGCAACGUUCUGCUCGACUUCUCAAAGCAAAAAAUAAAACCUCAAAUCCAAAUUAUAGUUAGGGAAACUGUCGUGUUUCUCCUUUUGUGCCAUGCAUAAAAUAUAUCAGACUUGAAGAAUCCCACUUGUUUUCCACUGAAGCUUCCUAUUUUGGCUUUCACUCAAGUAAGCCUGUUGCAGUAGAAAAUAGUUACCUUUUCCCACCCCCACCCAACUGGAUCUUGGGAUUUUCUACCCCUUGGUAACUGACCUUCUUUUAUUGUUGCCUUCAAAGUUCCUUGCUCAGUUGAAACUCAUGGACUACAGCUUGCUGGUUGGAAUUCAUGAUGUUGAGAGAGCGGAACAGGAGGAGGUUGAAUACGAAGAGAACGAUGAAGAGGAAGGCGAAAGCGAUGGGGCUCAUCCUGUUGGAACGCCUCCAGAUAGCCCAGGAAAUACACUCAACAGCUUGCAGCCUUUAGCUCCAGGAGAAUUCGAUCCAACCAUUGAUGUUUAUGGAAUAAAAUGCCAUGAAAGUAAGUAUAUUUAGACAUGGGGGAGAUUUCAAUUCUUGCAUCAGUUUCCGAGUCUCUAGAAGGAAAGAAAACUCCCACCAAAGCAAAAAAGCAUGAUGCCCAAUUAUCAAUUGCUCAUCUAUAGUAGGAUUUUAAAAACUUUUUGGAGGUGGGUAAGGGAUCUUCAACACAUGGCUCUGAUACAUGUCAUUAUUAGGUAUUGUCUGAAUACAGUAAAAGCAGUUCACUUAUAAAUGACUGCAAUACUGCAUUAGCCAGCUAUAUUGCUAAAUGCUACAGAAAGAUAGAGAUUCUGAGCUGGUGUCUUGGAUAAUGACUGCACAGACAUUGGACAGUUCUUUACACUGGCAAAUACACCUUGCUUGACAAAAGAAACAGAGGUUCUCUGUUUAGAUUUUUACAUUGUGCUGUGGGCAAUAUACCUACCAAAGCUGAUAUAGAACAACAAUUAAAACAUUUUAAACAAGUUGAAAUCUUACUACACACUUAAAAUCCCCAUCAAACAACCCGCAGCACUUACUACAAAUAAAAUUGAAAAGUGUGGGAGUGAGAAUUCAGCCAAAGGACAGGGUGAAAAGACGAGGUUUUAAGUGGUGGCAAAAACUCAUCAUGGUACUACAGAUUUUUUUCUUCUAGUCUAUAUACGUGGAAGAUUAAAAAAUGAGCAUUUUAUCUCAUUUUUUAAAUAUUCUUGUAGGUCACCUUGAUGACCUCAGGCUAUGAAGCGGUUUAUAAAUGUGUUAAAAAAAUAUUCAAAAGCAAAUUUAAAAUAUUUAAGCAAAGUGUUAAGGUCCUUACAAAUUCACUCAUUCAUCAAAAAACUUGAAAACUGCAAGUUAUGGUGUGGAAGUUUUAAUUCUGCAGUCACUUUAAUUGUGCUUGCUUGCAAUUGCAGCAAAGUGCACCCACACUUUCCCCUCUCUCUCCACUGAUAAGUGUUAUCUAUCUUUCUUACCCCUUAAUCAAUUACCAAAGAGUGAAAAGAUUUCUAGGACUCACAUGUGCUCUUUGACAUAUGGUUUUUAAGACACUAUUAGAGGGGCAAAGGUCUACCACCAGAAUAACUUCCAACUUGCUUCCGCAGAGUUGCUUAAUCUCUUGGCUACAAAUAUGUGUAUUAUUUUCAGUACUAUGAAUUUCUUUCACAGAUGCACCCAGGAAGGAGGUAUACUUUAUGGCAAUCAUUGAUAUUCUUACUCAUUACGAUGCAAAAAAGAAAGCUGCCCAUGCUGCAAAAACCGUCAAACACGGCGUAAGUUUCAUUGAUGUAUAUAUUCCAACUUAGUCAGUUAUGUUCACGUAAGGGCUGGGCAAUACCUGGUUUUCAACUUCGCAAUGUAUCACCAGCUAAACACCGUGAUAUACUGAGAUAUCACAAUGUCUGAAAUAAGGAUGGAGCUAUACAGAGGCUGGCUUCACAGUUUUUCCCACACUGUGAUUUUUGCAUAGUGUGCUCUCUCUCACACACACAUCAUGAUUUGUGAUAUUUUGCCAGGUCAAAAAUUAUAAAACCAAUAGCAUGAUAUGGACUUCAAAACCAGUAUAAUUAUUAUUAUUAUUUAUUAUUUAUACCCCGCCCAUCUGGCUGAGUUUCCCCAGCCACUUUGGGCAGCUUCCAAUCGAGUGUUAAAAACAAUACAGCAUUAAAUAUUAAAUAUUCCCUAAACAGGGCUGCCUUCAGAUGUCUUUUAAAGAUAAGAUAGCUUCUUAUUUCCUUCACAUCUGGUGGGAGGGCAUUCCACAGGGCAGGUGCCACUACUGAGAAGGCCCUCUUGUCUGGUUCCCUGUAACCUCACUUCUCGCAAUGAGGGAACCACCAGAAGGCCCUCGCCGCUGGAUCUCAGUGUCCGAGCUGAACGAUGGGGGUGGAGAUGCUCCUUCAGGUAUACUGGGCCAAGGCCAUUUAGGGCUUUAAAGGUCAGCACCAACACUUUGGCUCCCAGUACGUUUCCGAGCACAAUUCAAUGAAGAUCUCUCAGGACCAGUGUUAUGUGAUCCUGGCGGCCGCUCCCAGUCACCAGUCUAGCUGCCGCAUUCUGGUUUUGGAUCAUAUACCAAGAUAUCGCCCAGCCCUAGUUCAACAUUAGAGAUCACCAGCAUUUUUAGACAAGUGGCCACAUUGCGAAUUUUGAGUUCAUGCUGGAGGAGCCAGUCACACCUGCGGCAUUUCUCAGAUAACAUGAAUUUAGAGAUACAGCCACCCUCUGCCACCACUGCCCCCCAACAGCCUUAUGCUUACCAUGGGAAGUCAGUCAUGACUUGCUGGUACUGAUUGGGGAGAUCACAUAAUAUUGAGUUCACACAAACAUAAACUGCUGCUCAGGGGCGCCAUUUUGAAGAAAAUAUUGGGGAGAGGGCAGACAAGAAUGGUGAUAUGGAAGGGAGGGUGGGAGGAAGAAAGGAUGGCAGAAAAGAAACCUGAAAGUAAAAGGCAAAGCUCUGGACAAAGAUAACUAUGAAUCAAGCUGGAAAAGAGUCAGAGAGGUAGGAGGGGCUUGGAUGACUGGGUAGCACAACUUCAAGAGUCAUCACUUGCAAGGCACUGGCACUCCCCCAGCGUGCUUUGUUUUAGGGCAAUGUCUGGAUUUUUACUUUUGCUGUCCUCCUCCUUAAUACCAUGGUUAUUACCAUAGUGUGUGUUUUGUGACAUGGACAUCAUGAACGCAUCUCCUGCCACAACAAGCCAAUUGUUCUUAAGCUGCGUCUUGCUUUUUCAGGCUGGUGCAGAGAUUUCAACAGUGAAUCCCGAACAGUAUUCAAAGCGGUUCUUGGACUUUAUUGCCAACAUCUUGACGUAACCUAAUGUUCCAUUGGACAGAUACAAGGUCUGGGAACAGCAGCAAUGGCUACAAGUGUGUAAGGGAUAAAAAGCUUCUUUUAAAAGGAACUCUCAAAGUGCUAUCUUGCAGAAGGCAGCCCCCUUGUUUACAUCUGCUGGCAAAGAUGACUGACUGGGGUGAAAUACUCGCUUUAACAGCUGCCUGAUUUAUGCCCAGCAUAGUUCUAGCUAUUUCUGAUGCGUGUGUGCGUGCGUGUGAGUGUGUGCAGAAACAAAUAUAAAUUAACUAAUAAUAACUAAAAUAGAUCAGCUUCUUACUCGGUGUGCAUUGCAACAACACUCCGUGAAUACUAGCUGAGCUGGAAUGAAUGGUUAGAGGUGGGUGGGGAGGAAGGCAUUAUAUGCAUGUUAAGUUCUACAAUAUUGGUGUCGAAACUAAACUGUGGAUCAGUUUACGUUUUGAGCUGAGAGGUGCAAGACAGUAUUUGGUGGCGAUGAUGACUAGGACCUUACUGCAAAUGUUACACUUAACUACCCUGCAUGUUGGCACUCUUUGAAAAUAGAAACAUCAUAAGCUCCUUAUGCCGGAAGCUUUCCUGUUGGCACCUUUUUCAUUUAAUUAAAUUGGCCCAUUGCAACAGGAAAUAAGUCUUCCAGCAAUUCAGAGGUCUGGCUCUUGUUUUACCAAAAUCUAAUGUCAUAAUCAUGCUGUGUGUUCUUUGCCAAGGGUAGACAUAUUUUGAGGGAGGUGGAGCAGGAACAUUAAGACUGUUUAAUUAUCAUGUUACAUGAAGAUUUUACACUGUAUGUUUAUCGUAUAGGAGCUGAGUGUACUACAAAGGAAAUCAAUGAUGCUUUUUUGGAAGAAAUUAAUCAUUUUGGGCAAUAAUAGCAUUUUCCACCACAUGAACAAAGGAAUAGGAAAGUCUGUUCACCUGUAACUGAUCAAAACCGAGACAUUUAAAUGCUUACAUUGUGCUGUUUUUAAUAUUUUAUUAAAAUAUUCUUUUUUUAAGCCCUAAAUUUUACUGUUUACAUUAAUAGGAAAACAGGGAUGCUUUGAGUAUGUCACAGUAUGUGAAUCUGAAGUUUACAUGUAAAGUUAUUUUGCAGUACAGAUGAAGUAAUUUCUUGAAGUAUAAUAUGCAGUAAUGUACCCAAAUGGAUAUUCAAUUCACCUCCAUGAUAGAAAAUAUUUUUGCAGUCCAUGGUGACAGGUUGUUUUGAGGUUAUUUUAUAUGGCAUUUUUAUUACCUAAUUAGCUCUGUUGCUCCAAACAAUGCUGUGUUAAUUGAUUUGCCUAAAAUUAUGUUGUCGCCUAUAACCUGUUUUGAAAAACCUCAGAUCACUGGGGGGGGGGGGGGAGGUUCCAAACUUUGAGGACGUCAGAAUUAGAUAUGCUUAAAACUACUAUUCUCUACUUAUUACACUGUGCUAAAAUUGUGCCUUUAAAAAAAUUAUAUGUUGAAACAGACAUUCAUGGGCAACUCAAAAAAUAAACCACUCUCUCUCUCUCCCACUCUGCAACGUAAAGCUUGUUCCACAAAUUCCAGGUUGCCUUUUCCACUUACUUAAUGCCAGUUCUGUUAAGCUUGCAGCUGAGCAUAAAUAUGUAUAGUUGGCUUCAGAGAACUCUGAUAAAACAUAAGCUGAUCUUGCUCUCAUGCAGCCAAAGGCAAUAUAUCCUUGUUACACUGUACAAUAUUUCAACAGGGCUGUGAUCAUAGAAUUAGAAGGGACUGCAAGUCCAACCUCCUGAAAUGCAGGAAUCUUUUGCCCAACAUGGGGUUCAACACCCCCCAGACCCUGAGAUUAAGAGUCUCAUUGCUCUACCAACUGAGCUAUCCAAGGCUAUGUUACCUUUUUAAAAAACUUAUCUAAUUCGGUUUUAUUUUCCCACCGAAGAUAAUGAAUCUUAAAGAGUGAUGGGAUUCUCAGUUAUUAAAAGCAAUCUCCUUCCCUCUUGCUUUUGACCCACAACAUUCUUGGACGCUUUAAAAGGCCCUGUUGCUAUGCGAAAACAGAUGGAUGUUGAGAUUUACACUGACCUUUUAAGACCUUCUAUCCACAAUAAGUUAACCCAAACUGCUGAUCCUUUUUGGCAACUCUCCCUUUGUGUGUGGGGAGAGGUCCAUAACUAAGUGUUGGAACACCCACUCUGCCCGCAAAAGGUCUUCAGUCCAAUCCCUACCAUCUCUGGGAAAGAUGUCUGAAACCCUGGAGAGCGUCUGCCAGUCCGUGUAGACAGUACUGAGCUAGAUGGACCAGCGGCCUGGCUCAAUAUAAGGCAGCUUCCUAUGUUGCAUCUCAUCAGUGCUGUUGUCUCCUUUCCCUCCUGCUGUUUGGGCAUACUUCCCAGCCAAGCUAUUAGUGACUGCGAGGCAAAAGGCACAGCCCCACAUCGGUUUCUCACCACCUGAGUUUUCCUUCCCCUUUGAUAUAUUUAUAAUGUUAAUGACCAACUCGUUACUGUAGUGGGGUAGGAGAGCUGAAAAUAAUGCCCAUAAGCCGCCUAGAGAAAAAUAUAUACACCAGGAGGCGUAGUUUGAUCAUAGCAGCUAGAGGGAUGUGAAAAUUUGUGACCCAGGCUUUUUAGACUCAUCUACCCCAUGUACUAUCUGAUACGAAAGGGGCACAUUGGUUGCCAGAUGUGACCUAUGUUGGCAUUAUUUUCAGCUAUCCUGCCCCACGACACUGUUCCUCAAUGCAGAUGGCGGUACCCCCUCUUUAAAAGUCAGCUGUUCCAAAUCUGGAUGGCAAAUUUCUUUAGUAACCGUAGUUUGUCCAACAUCUUGGAAUAGCUGUAGCUUCUGUCUUACUGAGGCUCCAGUUUGGGAUAGAUUACAAAAACACUUUUCAGGUUGAUGCAAGGAAUGGUUGUCAAGUCGUUGACAAGGGGUAGGUCAUGCACUUUCCACACACGUCCUACUACCCUUGAGAGACAUUACUUUGAACAAAUCUUUUUUUGGGUUUCAUUUUCUGUUUUGUGACGUAAUAGUCUCUGAAAUUCCCAGUCACUGCAAACGUAACCCCCAAAUGGACGGCGCACCAUUGUAAGUUUAUAGAGCUCCACCUAGCUGAAGAGUCUAAGGAAAAUGCUUCACCAAAUAAAUGGCCAUCUCUUUUCUCACCUGAAUCUCUAUUGGUACGAUUGGAUGUAUUAUAUAUACUGUAUACUUGGGUGGACUGUCACAACAAAUGCUACCACCAGUGACUUUUCAGGAUUAUAAAUAAACUUAACUAAUUUCUACUGUGCCGC